AGAGCAUCAGGAGUCUCAUUGAUAAACAAUCUAUCAAGUUUAUGCAAGCUGUGAAGCAGGACACCAAGCACAGCAAAUCAGAGGACAGGAUACUGGUGAGGCCCCUUCACAAUACACUGUACUGUCAGAAAUCUGGUCUAUCUGGUCAAGUCAAUGCAGUGUAUUUUGUACUUUAAAUUAGAGUCCAAUCCAUUUUAAUGGGGCAUUCAAGCUUGGUGGUCCACACACUCCUCUAUGAGCAAACGGUACACCGUGGGGAAUUGAGUCCAUCCUUUCAACCUUUAUUAGAAGUGGCAGUGUGCCUCUAAUGCCAGAAGCGAGGGGAUGGUAUUUAUGUGUGUGUGCGUGUGUGUGCGCGUGUGUGAGUGUGUGUGCUCAUGCCAGUGUGUGUGUGCCUGAGGGUGUGUAGGUGGACUAAGAGGUGUCCUAGCAGCUUGAACGAGCCAACACAGACACUGCUAGACAUUGCUGCUAUUGAGACAUCCUCAAUUAGUCACCCGGAUCAGUUACUAAUGACACACACACACACACACACACACACACACACACACACGACACGAGGGUGGUAGAUGAGUGAGAGCACAAGUUCAUUUCCUCUUCCUGCUGAGUGUAAACUGGUGCUGGGGAGAGAGAAGACACACCGGGGAAUUCAGCAGACAUAAAAAUCUAUUAACUCUUUCUCUAUGUCAUUCUUGUUCUCUCCCUCUUUCUCUACCCCACAUCCCCUCUCUCAUUUGCGUGGUUGACUCUCUCUCUAGUACAUCUCCCUCUCUAUCUCACUAGCUGUCAUUAACACUCACCCCCUCUAUUUUUCUUUCUGUCUUUGUUUCCUUUUAUUCUCCUCCGUAUCUGUCCAUCCCUAUUACUCUCCCCGUCACCCCUCCCCCUCCCUGCUCUCUCGCUUUUCUUCCUCCUUAUCAUCUCUCAUCUUGCCCUUCGCUCCUCCCCUCCUGUCCUCCUCCAUCUUUAUCUCAACACAAAACUGUAUUGAACCACUCUGCUCCCUCCUCUAUCUGACAGAACUCAAUUAGGCCUUACGAGAAUGUUAGUCUAAAUGGGUUUUGCUGAUGCAACUUCUCAAAAUACUUACGGUCGUAACAUGGCAUGAUGACAAGUAAAAUAUAGCAUAGAGGCCUACAUGUGUAUUGUGCACAUGUAAAUGUUUGUAAAUGGGCAGAGCUUUUGGAACAAAGUGUACUGUCUCUAAAACACACACAGGCAUGCAUGCAGUGAGCUCGCUGUUGAAUAUGUAGCCUACUACACUGCAUCUACUCUUUGUUUGUCCCUCCCUCCCUGUCUCUCUCUCUCUAUGUCCUUUCUCCCUCUGGGGUUGUGCUGGUAUCCAGCUGUCUGUGUGCGUCUACUGUUCCAGCUGUCACGCUGUGCCUCACAGACACAUGCAUGCACACACACACACACACACCCACACACACACACACAGACACAGACAGUCUCAGCAAGACAUCCACCACCGUGCUGAGGGCAACGUUACGAAGAGUAACAACAUACGCCCAGAUACACAAACAACCACAUAAACACACCCUGUCAUGCACACACAAACUGGAACACAUACAGAGGACAUGCAUUUCGGAGUACUCAUUUGAAGAUUAGCGCCAACUCCAAAACAAAACAUCUUCAAAGAGAGAGGAGAGAAGGAGGGAGGGGCAGAGGAGAAGGAGGGGUGAUGCGAGUCGAGGGGGGCACCAGGGAAAGGGGUGAUGAGAGCUCAGAGCAGCGGAGGAGAGGGGGAAAGGAGACGACGGAAAGGAAGGAAGAAAUCUGAUGUGUUUUGAUGCCCCAAUUGCUGCCUUUUCUACCCUCGUCCAUUAUUUUUCUCCAUCCGUUGCUCCGUUUUACCCGCCAUUGAUUCCCAGCUCCAUCUCUCCACACUAAUAAUGCCCUAUUACUGGGAUGUGAUUGCUACAGUGUGACACUCCAAACACACUCGGAUCACUCAAACCUUCUCUCCACUUCCAGUCGCAAAAACCUUCAAGCGCUAUGAUGAAACUGGCUCUCAUGAGGACCGCCACAGGAAAGGAAGACCCAGAGUUACCUCUGCUGCAGAGGAUAAGUUCAUUAGAGUUACCAGCCUCAGAAAUUGCAGCCCAAAUAAGUACUUCACAGAGUUCAAGUAACAGACACAUCUCAACAUCAACUGUUCAGAGAAGACUGCGUGAAUCAGGCCUUCAUGGUCGAAUUGCCGUAAAGAAACCACUACUAAAGGACACCAAUAAGAAGAAGAGAUUUGCUUGGGCCAAGAAACAGGAGCAAUGGACUUUGGACCGUUGGAAAUCUGUCCUUUGGUCUGAUGAGUCCAAAUUUGAGAUUUUUGCUUCCAACCGCUGUGUCUUUGUGAGACGCAGUGUAGGUGAACGGAUGAUCUCUGCAUGUGUUGUUACCACCGUGAAGCAUGGAGGAGGAGGUGUGAUGGUGUGGGGGUGCUUUGCUGGUGACACUGUCAGUGAUUUAUUUAGAAUUCAAGGCACACUUAACCAGCAUGUUAACCACAGCAUUCUGCAGCGAUAUACCAUCCCAUCUGGUUUGGGCUUAGUGGGACAAUCAUUUGUUUUUCGACAUGACAAUGACCCAACACACCUCCAGGCUGUGUAAGAGCUAUUUAACCAAGAAGGAAAGUGAUGGAGUGCUGCAUCAGAUGACCUGGCCUCCACAAUCCCCUGACCUCAACCCAAUUGAGAUGAUUUGGGAUGAGUUGGACCGCAGAGUGAAGGAAAAGCAGCCAACAAGUCCCCAGCAUAUAUGGGAACUCCUUCCAGACUGUUGGAAAAGCAUUCCAGGUGAAGCUGGUUGAGAGAAUGCCAAGAGUGUGCAAAGCUGUCAUCAAGGCAAAGGGUGGCUGCUUUGAAGAAUCUCAAAUAUAAAAUAUAUUUUGAUUUGUUUAACACUUUUUUGGUUUCUACAUGAUUCCAUAUGUGUUAUUUCAUGGUUUUGAUGUCUUCACUAUUAUUCUACAAUGUAGAAAAUAGUAAAAUAUAGAAAAACCCUUGAAUGAGUAGGUGUGUCCAAACCUUUGACUGGUACUGUAGAUCUCCACAUUCCCUUUUAGUCUCCCUAAUGAUAUUAGCUGUCUCUUUUCUCCUGUAACUACAAGGUACAAGGAGGGAUCUGUCGACAACUUAGGCUACUUGUAGAGACAUUCAAUGGCAGGAGAGAAGGAGAGCUGUUUAUCUUAAACACAGCAGAGUACCUCACUCCGAUUUCUAUUAGCACCACAUAUUGAAGAAUGAAAAGACUUUAAUUGAAUCAAGGACGCUUUUUGUCAUGUGAGUUAUGGCAGUCAGCUAAAGAGGUUGACACAUGCACAUAAUUGUUGGAUAAAACUGUUGGGGAAUGCCAUAAUGGUUCGAUGUCUGUAGAUGGCAGGCAUCUAAUGGUGGUAUGAUUGAUCUGUUGAUCUGAUGAUAGAUGUCUUACUACAGGGAUAUUACUCUGUCUAUAGAAAGGGAUGUGUUAGUCUCCGUACCCUCCCCCCUCUCUCCCCUCCCCGGUUGCUCGGUUGCAAGUCUCUUUGGAUUAGGUUUGUGCAGACUUUUAUGUGAGCAGAAAUCUGCAACAAGAUGUGUUUUUAAGCCAUGCUUUUUCUCCCUCAUUUGCCUUCUCUCUCCAUCUAUCUAUCUAAAUCCAUCUCUCCCUCUUUCUCUCCGUCUCUUUUUAAAGGCUUCUUAUAGAGCAGGACCUGGGGCAGCUGUGCUUUCAAAUGCGCCCUUACUCUCUGCCAGGGAAGAUGGAAGGGUUGUGUCCUUUUGAUGCUGGGUUCACCUGGGUGAAAGCAGACUGUCCCCAGUGUCUCUUGGGGAUUGUGUGUGUAUGCACACUAGUGUGUGUGCGUGUGUGUGUGCGCAUGUGUGUGUAUGUGGGUGCAUGUCCCCGUGAGUAUGUGUGUGCGCACAAGUGCGUGUGUUUGGGUGGCCGCUCGCACAUGUUUGAAUGCAGGCGCGCACACCCGUUCUUCAAAGCUGUCUAAGGCAGAGCCAGAGAGAUGGGAUCCUAGAUCAGAGCAGCCAGGUCCCGGUUUCUCAAAAGCAUCUUAAGGCUAAGUUCAUUGUUAGAACCUUCCUAGGAGCAUCGUUAAAUCUCAGAGCUGUUUCCCAUUUCCAUCGUUACUAGUUCAGGUUUCAUUAGUUGUACGGGAUACACAUGGUAUACACCGUCCAACAAAAUACUUAAUUGCAGGUUCCUUCUCGACAAUGCAACAACAAUAAGAAAGAAUAAAAGAUAAGAAUACGAACAUAAAGUAAAUGGUUCAGUAGAAUAUAAUAAACAUUUUAGCAUAAGUAUAAUACAGGAAGGCACAAUUUAUAGUCCAAUAUUGACAUGUUUUAGGAAAGGGGUGAUUGGGGGGCAUGUGCUUAAAUUCUGCAGUAUUUUGCAAUCAUAAUAAGCGUUAGGUAGCAGCAGUUGUGAUGUGUGUGUAGCAUGAAUGUAGAUAUGUGUGUGUGUCUGUGUGUGUGGAUGAAUGUAUAUCUGUGUGGGUGUGUGCAUGAGUGAGUGCAUGUGUGCUAAGGUGUGGAGAGUCAGUGCAGGUGGUCAGCAGUCUGAUAGCUUGUAGAUAGAAACUGUCUCUGAGCCUGACGGUAAGGAAGUGAACCGCUCGUGGCUGGGGGUGUGGGGUCCUUGAUGAUGCGGCGGGCCUUCCUUAGGCACCGUUUCGAGGAGAUGUCCUGGAUGGGUGGGAGCUCGGUCCCAGUGAUGUAAUGGGCCGUCUUCACCACCCACUGGAGGUCCUUGUGGUUGUGGAUGGAGCAAUUCCCGUACCAGGCCGUGAUGCAACGUGUCAGGACGCUCUCGAUGGUGCAGCGGUAGUAUUUGGAGAGGACCCACAUUUCUUCAGCCGUCUUAGGAAGUAGAGACGCUGUUGCACCCUAUUGACAAGUGUGGUGGUGUUGUUGGUCAAGUUCUCAGUGAUGUGGAUGCCGAGGAACUUAAAACUGCUGACUUUCUAUAUUGCAGUUCCAUUGAUGUGGAUCGGGGCAUGUUUCCUCUGCUUCCUGAAGUCAACAAUCAACUCCUUUGUUUUGCUGGCGUUGAGGGCGAGGUUGUUGUCCUGGCAUCACAAUUCCAGUUCACUUACCUCCUCCCGAUAGGCUGACCCGUCGUUGUUGGUUAUCAGGCCUACAACAGGGGUGUCGUCAGAAAACUUGAUGAUGGAGUUGGUGUUAUGCAAAGCCACUCAGUCGUGGGUGAACAGUGAGUACAGUAGAGGGCUGAAGACACACCCCUGGUGGGCCCCUCUGUUAGGAGUCAGUGUGGAGGAGGUGUUGUUGACCAGCCUCUCAAAAGCACUUCAUGAUGACCGGGGUGAGUGUGACAGGGCGAUACAUUUACAUUACAUUUUAGUCAUUUAGCAGACGCUCUUAUCCAGAGCGACUUACAGGAGCAUAGUCAUUUGGGCAUGUCACCGUGUUUUUCUUGGGCACUGGGACGAUGGUGGUCUCCUUGAAGCAGGUGGGAACUACAGCCUGGUGACUGGGACAGGUUGAAAAUGUCAGAGAAGAUGCCCGCCAGCUGGUCAGCACACUUUGAGGAUGCGGCCAGGGAUGCUAUCUGGGCCAGCGCCUUUGUGACUAUUCACUCUUUUGAGAGUUUUCCUCAUAGCCUCGGAGAUCGAAGCACCUGGUCAUCCGGAGCAGUGAGAAUCUUACUGGAUGUCCCUAAUGGAUUUGCGGAGCUCGUUCGUUCUGCUAACAUUGAAUGCUGCGGUACGGGCUCUAAGCAUGGUACGGAUAUCUCCGUUCAUCCAGGGUUUUGGUUGGGGUAUGUCCGUAUUGUUAUUGUGGGUACAACAUCAUCAACACAUGUCUUAAUGAAGCCUGUGACUGAUGUUGUACAGUAUAUUCCUCAAUGUUGAUGGAUGAGUCCUGAGUUGAUGAGUCUUUGAACAUAUUCCAAUCAGUAUUCUCAAAACACUCCUGCAGCAUUGAGUCUGCCUCCUCUGUCCAGCGCCAAACUAUUCUCUGUGUUGGUGGCUCCUUCUUGAGUUGCUGCUUGUAGGCGGGGAGUAGGAACAGAGAGACGUGAUCUGAUUGGCCGAAGUGGGGGCGGGGGAUUGCUUUGUAUGCGUCACGGAUGUUUGUAUAUACAUGGUCCAUCACAUUGUUUUUGUAUUUUGGACAUUUUUUAAGGGGACUUAUUACAGCGUAAUUACCUGUGUAAUUACACUGUAACAAGUAUUGUAGGUAAUUGUAAAAACUCAUAGUUACACUGCAAUGACAACAUGUAACUGAUGGUAAUUGCAGUCUGUAAUUACAGAGAUGUAACAACAAAUGUUUGUUACCAUGUUUGUUACAAAUGGGCAAGUUUCCACUAAAUUCACCAAUUUAGUGUUUUGUUUCUUCUCAGCUGCAUCCGAUUCAGUACCAACUGUCACAAGGUUGUAAUCUCUCGUAGACCGAUGCGCUGGGUGUCCAAGAUUAGAAUGGGUAGAGGCUCAACAGGCUCUGAUUACCUACCCGUGAAUGCACACUGUUCAAAAUCUCCACUCAAUGUUGUUGCUAGCAGUUGCCCCCCAAACGUGUAUCAUCUGGGUUAACUUGGUUGAGUUUACAAAAACAGAUCAGAUAUCGGUCAACCUAACUGACAGGGGUCUAUGAUAUGGGUGUCACCCCAGAUUAUAAUCAAUAAAAUAAUCAAAUGUAUUUAUAAUGAAUGUGUAUGUUGCCCAUUAUGACAAUCGCAACCUCCUUGCCAUCCAUGUGGGACGAUAAACCCACUAGUACACCACAGAGUACAUGUACUAUCUGCCUAAGUACCAUGUAAUUACUAGGCGUUACACAGGAUUUAUCUAGUUAAAAUUAAGUGUAUCUUGAGGGGUACUUACUUGUAAUUAAUGUGUACCUACAUAUUACGUUACCUAGAUAUAUAGUUACCUAUGAGCAAUUACCAUAUACUUACUUAAUACUAAUUUGCAAGUGAAAACAAACAAAUGAUGAGCAGACUGGUGACCUCGAACACCGGAGAGGGAGUAGACGUGACACACACAGAGUGUUUCUUAGUAGUCUUAAACAAAUCUACUUUGAAACAACAGUAUACACCUCACACACAUGGUUAUGGUCUUUGAAAAAAUAAGACACCUGUACCAAGUCAGAUAUAGAGUUGAAAUGUAUUAAAUGCAUCCCAAUAUUAUACUUAAUAUACAUCACAGAAGACUGAAAUAUAACAAAACAGUUUGACAUAGAAACACCAACAUUUAUUAAUAACAUUCCACCCAUGAGGCCACUAGAGGGCGAUUUGGUCAUUUGACUGCAGGAAAGGGCUACCUUCUUUCAGUGUAGUUGGCUAUCUAGCUAGCAUCGCCAGCUAGCAAGCUAUUGUUAGCUAGCUAGCCAACACUAGGCUAACUAGCUGGCUGACAAACGCUAGCUAGCUAGCUAACUACCUAUGCUAAAUCAUCCAGCACAAUUUCUGUAUCCAAAAAGCAAAACAAAUGACAUGGAAAACCUACCUUGUCUCUUCUGUGUGGAAGUUUUUGUCUCCUCUAAAACACUAUGUUUAUUUCGCGGCAAUCUCUUAUGUUUGUAUUUUGCACACAACAUUCUUCAUGAUCCCGGUUCUUUGCGCACUGUCACUAUGAGUCAGUGUCAACACAAAUUGUUGGCACGUUAUAGGUCAUCGUUAUUUUGAGCGCAUUGCGUAGAUGGGCAGAUCUUGGCGUGAUGCCAAAAUUCCUGGGAUAAAUAAAUAAGUGCACCAAUGCAUCCCAUCCAAAAGUGAGAAUGUUCUUCAACCGUGAAACCCUUGCAAAGUUACAUGGUGAAAUUAGAAGUUGUCUUAUGACCAUUUAAAGUGCAUUUACAAACCAUUAUUCAACCAAGCUUAACAGGCUCACAAUUUGGCAAGCACUGAAUGAAUAUCUCACAAAUGUUGCUGUAGGCUAACUAUUUAUGAAUGUGUAAAAAAAAUUGAUUGAUGGUUAGUAAAGUAAUUCCCCCAUUGUCAAGCCCUGCUCUCCUUUCUUUUCAAAAAAUGUUUAGGGGGUAGAUCAGCUUAAAUAUUGCUGAUAGAUUGUGGCUUCUAUCAAUGUAAUUGUCGGCAUCAUUUCCAAUUCCAAUUUUUUGGUAAAUAUAUAUAUUUGUAUAUAUUUUCCUUCUUUAUUAUUUUCACCUAAACCCUAUCAUCCCUCCCCUAAUUGGAGUAAACUAAUGGACAUCAAUACUUAGGCUUCUACUUCCAGCUUAGACAUACUAUAUACAUUUAUUUUACAUUAGCAUCAUUUUACAUUAGUAUAUACAGUAUAUUUUACAUUAGUUGUCUUGUUUUUUUUGUUUUUCUUUGUUAUUUUCAGUCCUACCCUUCAGCUCCCCUCAACCCCUACCAUCUAUCUCUGAACACCAUCCAGUUUUGAUUUUUAUUAGCCAUAUAUUUUUCAACUGUGCUGUGAUGUUUCACAAAAGUCCUGAACCUUUCUAUUCUCAUAGUUUCUACAGAUUGUAAAUGAAAGAUAAAAUGUUUUGCUAACAUUAUUAUUAUAUUAUUGAUCGAUUGACUAUUACUUUUCAAAUCACUCAGCAGUGCUAUUUGCAGAGUUAGCUCCAGGUAAAUGUUGUAAUUCUUCUGCCAUUCCUGAACCUGAGACCAAAAACAAGCUACGUAUAGUGCAUUCGGAAAGUAUUCAGACCCCUUGACUUUUUCCAAUUUUUGUUACGUUACAGUUUUAUUCUAAAAUGGAUUUUUUUUUAAAUCCUCUUCAAUCUACACACAAUACCCCAAAAUGACAAAGCAAAAACAGGUUUUUAGAAAUUUUUGCAAAUUUAUUAAAAUAAAAAACAGAAACACCUUCUUUACACAAGUAUGUAGAAUCUUUGCUAUGAGACUCGAAAUUGAGCUGAGGUGCAUCCUGUUUCUAUUGAUCAUCCUUGAGAUGUUUGUACAACUUGAUUGGAGUCCACCUGUGGUAAAUUCAAUUGAUUGGACAUGAUUUGGAAAGGCACACACCUGUCUAUAUAAAGUCCCACAGUUGACAGUCAUGUUAGAACAAAAACCAAGCCAUGAGGUCGAAGGAAUUGUCCGUAGAGCUCCGAGACAGGAUGGUGUCGAGGCACAUAUCACAGGAAGGGUACCAAAAGAUCUCUGCAGCAUUGAAGAUCCACAAGAACAAAGUGGCCUCCAUCAUUCUUAAAUGGAAGAAGUUUGGAACCACUAAAAGUCUUCCUAGAGCUGGCCGCCCGGCAAAACUGAGCAAUCGGGCGAGAAGGGCCUUGGUCAGGGAGGUGACCAACAACCCGAUGGUCACCCUGACAGAGCUCUAGAGUUCCUCUGUGAAGAUGGGAGAACCUUCCAGAAGGACAACCAUCUCUGCAGCACUCCACCAAUCAGGCCUUUAUGGUAGAGGGGCCAAACGGAAGCCACUCCUCAGUAAAAGGCACAUGACAACCCGCUUGGAGUUUGCUAAAAGGUACCUAAAGGACUCUCAGACCAUGAGAAACAAGAUUCUCUGGUCUGAUGAAACCAAGAUUGAACUAUUUGGCCUGAAUGCCAACUGUCAUGUCUGGAGGAAACCUGUACCAUCCCUACGGUGAUGCAUGGUGGUGGCAGCAUCAUGUUGUGGGGAUGUUCAAUCUAGUCAGGAUCGAGGGAAAGAUGAACCGAGCAAAGUACAGAGAGAUCCUUGAUGAAAACCUGCUCCAGAGCGCUCAGGACCUCAGACUGGGGCGAAGGUUCACUUUCCAACAGGACAAUGACCCUAAGCACACAGCCAAGACAAUGCAGGAGUGGCUUCGGGACAAGUCUCUGAAUGUCCUUGAGUGGCCCAGCCAGAGCCCGGACUUGAACCCGAUCGAACAUCUCUGGAGAGACCUGAAAAUAGCUGUGCAGCGACACUCCCCAUCCAACCUGACAGAGCUUGAGAGGAUCUGCAUAGAAGAAUGGGAGAAACUCCCCCAAUACAGGUGUGCCAAGCUUGUAGGGUCAUACCCAAGAAGACUCAAGGCUGUAAUCGCUGCCAAAGGUGCUUCAAUAAAGUACUGAGUAAAGGGUCUGAAUACUUAUGUAUAAAUGAUGUAAACUCCUGUAGCUCAGUUGGUAGAGCAUGGCACUUGCAACGCCAGGGUUGUGGGUUCGUUUCCCACGGGGGGCCAGUAUGAAAAUGUAUGCACUCACUAACUGUAAGUCGCUUUGGAUAAUAGCAUCUGCUAAAUGAGUAAAAUGUAAAUGUAAGAUUCCCGCUGAACACAGAAUCAAGAUGUUUAUCUGUCUCUCUGUGACCACCGAUAACUUCAGAAUGAAGUUGACUACAAAUACAAAGUUACCAAUGUCUUUGCAAUUGUUACAAACGGAGUAUAAAAAGAUGCUUCAAAUGACUGCAUUAAAAGAUAAAUACAGUAUAGGCUACAUGCCUAUUAUGUUUAAAACAUAUUGAAAUACAUUUCAUGUUCAUUCAAUUGAGCUCUAUUUUGUUUGUUCUAUUUUGUUACAACUUCGUCCGUUGUAGGAACGAUGCAUUGUUAAAACGCUCGUAAGCCUAAGUUCCAUCGCUAUUGGGAAACCGGACCUAGGUCUGGCAAACUAUGUGGCUUCGUCUCCCAGAGGCAGCGCUGUGACGCGUUGCAGGUCUCGUUUGAAGUGCAGACCCAGAGCUUGAUGAUUAAUAUAAGCCAAGCCAUCCCCCUCCCUUCCAGCCUGCCUACCCACAUUCCCUCCACACAGACCCACUCUGGCUCUGCCUAACUCUUUGAACUGUGAGUGUUCGACUCUGUGCCAUCUUGGCUGGAAGGGCACCUCUGCAGCCCCCAUCACAGACACUCACGUCUCUAAAGAUUCUCUUUAAGACUCGAAUCCUCUGCCUCUUUAAGAUUCUCCCUGUAUGUCUCAGACAGCCAGGUUAAAGUCCCCCUAUCUCAUCACACAGGUAUCUCAUUGGCUGUCUGAUCCGGCUCGGCCAAAGUCAUCUCCCCUCGGAUAUUCGGAUUCUGAUUGGUCAUCUCAGAGCAGCUUGGAGAACCGUCUACUGAGGAGUCUGAUGACCGUGGGGCAAAGUUAUAUUUUUCCUCUCUUCAAGGUUGUGAUUGGACAGUUCAAUCAAUCAAUCAAUCAAGUGUAUUUAUAAAGCCCUUUUUACAUUAGCAGAUAUCACAGAGUGCUUAUACAGAAACCCAGCCUAAAACCCCAAAGAGCAAGCAAUACAGAUGUAGAAGCACGGUGGCUAGGAAAAACUCCCUAGAAAGGCAGGAACCUGGGAAGAUAUCUAGAAAGGAACCAGGCUCUGAGGGGUGGCCAGUCCUCUUCUGGCUGUCCCGGGUGGAGAUUAUAAGAGGACAUGGCCAUUAAGGUCAGAUCGUUCUUCAAGAUGUUCAAACGUUCAUAGAUGACCUGCAGGGUCAAAUAAUAAUCACAGUGGUUGUAGAGGGUGCAACAGGUCAGCACUUCAGGAGUAAAUGUCAGUUGGCAUUUCAUAGCCGAGCAUUCAGAGGUCAAGACAACAGGUGCGGUAGAGAGGGCGAGAGAGGGAGGGAGAGAGGGAGGGAGAGGGAGUGGGAGAGAGAGGGUCGAAAACAGCAGGUCCGGGACAAGGUAGCACGUCCGGUGAACAGGUCAUGGUUCCAUAGCCGCAGGCUCAGACCCCUGUCUCUGAUUAGGUCCGCUAACCUAGAUUCUCAAUUCGGUACACAGUACCUUGAAUGUACCAAACAAAUGAGUGGUUCAUUCGGUGUUCGGUAUGGGGCUCUUGACUAUUAAAUCAAGUGCAAAAUCCAUACACCUGGGUCGGAAAAGGGCAAUCCUGCUUUGUGAAUAAUGUACACAGACUCAGAAGUGACCAUUCCAUCCCAAACCUCAGUGGUUAGAUCGUAGGUCACAAUAGAUGACCUUCUAUUAGAUACUACUUGAGAUGGUAUAAAGUGCAAAGGUGGCCGGUGGCACCUUAAUUGGGGAGGACGGGCUCAUAGUAAUGGCUGGAACAGAAUUAAUGGAAUGGUAUCGAAUACAUCAAACACAUGGUUUCCAUGGUUUCCAUGUGUUUGAUACCAUUCCAUUUACUCCAUUCCAGCCAUUAUUAUGAGCCGUCCUCCCCUCAGCAGCCUCCUGUGGUACAGUGGGAAGUAUUACAGGACCAGCCACCAGUCCAAAAGACAAAAGUGUAUUUAAAAAAUGUUUUAUGGGAAGAAUUCUAGAUGUAUUGCUUUCUCCGAUGUUCAUAUUCAAUUCUAAUAUCCAACAUGUUAACCCUGAUUUUGAUUGACACUUAUUUUCGAAACAAACAUACUCUUAACCAAAAUCAACAAUCCAUUGAUUGGUAUUAAUAAUGAUAUCUGAAUAGAUGGUGAAUGAUAUUUGAAGAGAGCGAAUACCAUGUCGGGCUGUGUUCAACCUCACACUCAAUCAAAUCAAAGCCCACCAUAAGACCUACAUUAUUGAUGCCCGUGUUUACGCACCUAUCUUUUGUGUCUGAUGACAAAGGCUUUGCAUCUCUGUCUCAUCUUGUGCAGGGAGAUAGCUAGAGAGAGGAGAGGAGAGAGCGGGAGGGAGAGAGAGGAGGAGAGAGGGAGAGAGAGAGAAGGAGAGGAGCAGAGAGAGAGAGAUAGAGGGGAGAGAGAUGAGAGAGGAGGGAAAAAACAAAGAUAGAUAGAGACGAUCUAGGCGAGAGGCGUACUACUAGAGGCGAGAUCGAUGAUUAUAUUCUAAUACUUCUCAUCUCUUCGCUCUUCCCCUCUCUACUAUACUAUAUCUCUCUCUCUCUCUCUCUCUCUCUCUCUCUCUCUCUCUCUCUCUCUCUCUCUCUCUCUCUCUCUCUCUUGCUCCGAGCCUCUCAACCAUCAUCAAAACGUGUUCUCUCCUCCUCUGAUCAGAGAACAGGUUUAUAUAACUGAGUUUUCCAACAUGUCAGGGCAUUCUGACAUCAGUAACAAUCUCUGUAAUAGGGGCUCUCAAAAGGCCUCGUUUCAAAGGGGGUUUCUUGAGUCUUUCCUCUGACAUACCUCAGGGUCUACUCCCUGGCUGCCUAGCUGUCCUGGCAGUCUCAUCAGAUACAGCUUGAUCCACCAUCAAUGUGCUAACUUAGCUAAGAAUAGCAUGGAGAGAUGCCCAAUAUGAGGACUUUAUUCAUGAGAAAUCUGUUGUCUCCAUCUCUCCCUCUCUCGCUCUGUCUUUCUCCUUAGCCUCUCUGUCUCUCUCUCUCUGUCUCUCUCUCUCUCUGCCGCACAGUGGGGUGCCAUUAACGAUUCAGCACAGAGAGACCUUGAGGAAUUGAAAGUGACAGAGCAGAAAAAUAAAAUAAACCUCCAAGCGAAUAAGAAAGGCAAGAGAGACGGGGAGGAGAGAGAGAAGAGGGGGGAGGAGGGCGGCGGGGGCAGGGAGGGAGGGAGGGAGGGUACAAUGCACAGAGAGGUGGAUGGCGAGAUGGGAGGCUUAAGAAGAUAGUUCAUUGGAAUAAAGAACAGAUUUCUAUAGAGAAAGAAAUGGAGGGAUGGCAGGGGGUGAGAGAAGAGAGGUGUUAAAGAAAAGGAGAACUUACUGGAAUUGGGUUAAGAUUUGGGAAGGAGAGGGCAAAGUAUAAACUUAAGGAUGGAGGGAAGGAUGGGGGGAUGCAGGGUGUGUGUAAUAAAGGCGUGGACGGAGUAUGCUAAUUAGGACAUUUAAAUUAUGAAUGAGAUUAAUUACUUCUUCAGACUCGACUUUGAAUAUAUGCACACUUUCCCACCCGCCAACCACUUAAUGGUAAUCCCCUGCUCUGGAAAAACUGGAUUUAUUUUUGCCUUUUUCUCCUGUUUCCCCAUGUGUCUCCUCAACUCCUUCCUCCUAAAUCAAUUCAAGCUAUGACACAUUGACAGUAGAAUCAAUUGAAAAUAACUGCCUUAAGUAAUGAAAUGUCACCAUCACAAUGUCUUAAAAUGCUAGGAAGUAACGUCUAGGCAAGACUGAGUAAUGUGAUGUUUGAGUAAACAGAUAUGAUGGUUGGUCCCCUAUAUUGGUGUUUGUGCUGUGUUAUUUGUUGCGAUGAUGAUUUGCAUUUUGUAUUUCCUUCUGUCUGACAGCAAAAUUAAUCUCUUCCCUUUAUAGGUUCUGGCAACAUGGCGAAUGUAUCUAUUUGCUGUCAAAGUCCCCACCAAGGUAAUUCACAAUUUUUGACAUUUAAUAAACUAAUAGUGUUGUUUUUGAUGAUGAUGAGUAUGAUGUUGAUGAGUAUGAUGAUGCUUCUGAGGAAGAUUAUCAUUCACAUUUUUCAGUAAAGGGAAGACUUCGUCAUAUUGAUUACUAUAAUAACUAUCAAUAUCAUUUCAGGUGGAGGUUACUUUCAACUUCCUGGAGAUUCGAGCAAUGAACACUUAUCCAGAUCAUCAGGUGAGAAACUGUUUUAUUCCCACAACCAACCAUCUGCCUCAUUUCACAUUUUCGAUAAAUGUUUGUUUACCAAAACUCUUUGAGGGUACUGAGUUUCAACGGCAUUAAUAUUCCUAAGAGUGUUUAUUGGGCAUAAUUAGUUUUAGCUUUACCGAUUUUUGUCAACUGAGAAACAACCACCACAAUGAUCAUUUGCAUUUAGCUCUGCCUUAAAUUUAAUGAGGUCAUCUCACCCCUUUCAGGUUGUCAUAGACACAGACAAGUCGACCCACUCCUUGAGACUGCAGUCACAAGACCACCUUGAUCACAUGAUGAACCAUAUCAACUUUGCCCUCUCACGAAUAUUCAAUAACUCCAUGUAUGCGUAAGUCUCACUUGUGAAAUCCCCUACUGCUUCGAACCGUGCUAUGUAGUCUGUAUGAAGAGAGAGCCUGGCUGCAGAAUCAUCAGGAUUGACUCUGUACUGGGUAUUGACCUUUGAGACUCAUCUACAGUAUAUUAUAUUCCAAAAUAUCUGUUUUCCAAUAGAUAAUUUAACAGGAUACAGAGAGAAUGUAGUUAAAAGAACUACAGAAGGUUAAAGUAAAGACUAGUUAGGGCUAUUGAGCUAAAGUAAGGAUUAGGGUCAGUGAUUAAGUCAGACAGGAGAGUAGUUGGGUCUACUAUACAACUUGAUUAAGGAUACUGUGUAUUUAAUGUAGUAGUAAAGUCAAGUCACAAACAUGCAUAAGAUGCAGUAUACUGUAUACAUAUUGCUUGUUCACUGACUGAGAUGUUAAUAUCUUUCUAUUUCUUUCUCUUUCCUCCUUGUUUCCCUCCCUCCUUCUCUCGCAGUCCGACCAUCUGUCGAGCAGAGGGGGACGUCUCUGAUGGAGUCCUCCAGUUUUCACCAAACUCUGAAUCAUCUGUAGAGACUCAGAAAACCUGUGGUGAGCCACCUACUCACUCACUCACUCACUCACUCACUCACUCACUCACUCACUCACUCACUCACUCACUCACUCACUCACUCACUCACUCACUCACUCACUCACUCACUCACUCUCAAGCUCACACUCUUUAUUGAGUCAGUGACACAUUUUGAAUUCACCUGUAGCAUAUAUUAUUAUGUUUAGAACCAACUAAUCUAUGACUGUAUCUGAUCAGUAAUCAUUUUAAUCUCUCUAACUCAAGUUCUUUCAAGCUCUUGUCUUUAUCUCACCUCAACAUGAACUUCCCCCCCCCCUACUCUGUUUCUCUUUCUUCUCUAUCCCUCUCUUCUCAUCCUCGCCUCUCUCUCUCUCUCUCGCUCUCUCAGGUGGUUUCUCUGAGACCUACGCAGCUCUGUGUGACUAUAAUGGCAUCGGCUGUAAGGAGGAAGUGCAGUGGGUAAGAAUACCACAUAUGCAUUACAUCAACCUAAUGUCGUACUCAAUCAAUGGAGUUAUACUGUCAGUAUCGUUGGUACCAUCAUAUUUGUAACCUGACUCUUUCUAUCUCUCUCGCUCCCUCUCUCUCUCUCUCCCCUCCCUCCCACCCUCCCUCCCAACUUCGCCUCUCUCUUAGGAUGUGGACACUAUCUAUCACUCUCAGGACAACAGGGAGUUCAACCUGCUGGACUUCAGUCACCUGGACAGCAGGUACACCACCUGUUCUGUAUGCAUAAUGAUGCUGCUGAAUACUGCUGUUCUAUGCCCUUUCUCUUCCCCCGUCAUCCCCUCAUCCUGUCCACUUACAUUCUAGCCCUACUCUGCUCUCAGAUGUGACUAUGUCAGUAAGUGAGUGUCAGGGGUACAGUGUAAAGCUUUUAUGGGACUUCACCUGUGUUAGGUGCUCUAAUUUAAGCCAGGAUCCACCACCUCCUGUGGGCUGGCACUCCCUAACUCUCCGACUACCCUGUCUCCCUGGCAGGAGGCAAUUGUGGUGCAUCCCUCUGGGCUGUGUCCUUUCACAUUCCCCCAAUCCUUUCUGAUUUCUGCCUUCUACAGUUACAGCCUCUGACACGGCCAUGCUUUUUCUGCUGACUGUCGUCCUCUUCUAUUUCAUUUCAUUCUUCAUGCUAUGAAAGUGGACACAUUUCUCUCUCUCUGCUGCCUGUGUGGCCCUGCAUGAAUAGCCCAGCAGGUUCACACAUCACACUGGGCAUGCUGCAGUAGCUAAACCUGGUUCCUGUGUGUGUGUGUGUGUGUGUGUGUGUGGUGUGUGUGUGUGUGUGUGUGUGUGUGUGUGUGUGUGUGUGUCUCUCUCUGGAGUAUAGCUGGCAGACUGUCAUGCUCAAGAGCCCUACAGCCCCCAAGGGGACCAAUAGUGGUUGUAAACAGUACUCUUCUACACAUGGGCUGGAAGAGCAGCUCACACUUUUAAUGGAAUUGUUGAUUCUGUUUUGGACUGUUUUGCUAGCACAGACUGGACAAUGUUCCGGAAUUCUUCCGAUGGCAUUGAGGAGUACACGACAUCAGUCACUGGCUUUAUCAAUAAGUGCAUCGAUGACGUCGUCCCCACAGUGACUGUACGUACAUACCCCAACCAGAAGCCAUGGAUUACAGGCAACAUCCGCACUGAGCUAAAAGGUAGAGCUGCCGCUUUCAAGGAGUGGGACACUAACCCGGACGCUUAUAAGAAAUUCCGCUAUGCCCUCCGACGAACCAUCAAACAGGCAAAGCGUCAAUACAGGACUAAGAUCGAAUCGUACUACACCGGCUCCGACGCUCAUCGGAUGUGGCAGGGCUUGCAAACUAUUACAGACUACAAAGGGAAGCACAGCCGCGAGCUGCCCAGUGACAAGAGCCUACCAGAUGAGCUAAAUUACUUCUAUGCUCGCUUCGAGGCAAGUAACACUGAAACAUGCAUGAGAGCAUCAGCUGUUCCGAACGACUGUGUGAUCACGCUCUCCGUAGCCGAUGUGAAUAAGACUUUUAAGCAGGUCAACAUUCACAAGGCCGCAGGGCCAGACGGAUUACCAGGACGUGUACUUCGAGCAUGCGCUGACCAACUGGCAAGUGUCUUCACUGACAUUUUCAACCUCUCCCUGUCUGAGUCUGUAAUACCAACAGGUUUCAAGCAGACCACCAUGGUCCCUCUGCCCAAGAACACUAAGGUAACCUGCCUAAAUGACUACCGACCCAUAGUCACGUCUGUAGCCAUGAAGUGCUUUGAAAGGCUGGUCAUGGCUCACAUCAACACCAUUAUCUCAGAAACCCUAGACCCACUCCAAUUUGCAUACCGCCCCAACAGAUCCACAGAUGAUGCAAUCUCUAUUGUGCUCCACACUGCCCUUUCACACCUCAGCAAAAGGAACAUCUAUGUGAGAAUGCUAUUCAUUGACUAUAGCUCAGCGUUCAACACCAUAGUGCCCUCAAAGCUCAUCACUAAGCUAAGGACCCUGGGACUUAACACCUCCCUCUGCAACUGGAUCCUGGACUUCCUGAUGGGCCGCCCCCAGGUGGUUAAGGGUAGGUAACAACACAUCCGCCACGCUGAUCCUCAACACAGGGGCCCCUCAGGGGUGCAUGCUCAGUCCCCUCCUGUACUCCCUGUUCACUCAUGACUGCAUGGCCAGGCACGACUCCAACACCAUCAUUAAGUUUGCCGAUGACACAACAGUGGUAGGCCUGAUCACCGACAACAACGAGACAGACUAUAGGGAGGAGGUCAGAGACCUGGCCGUGUGGUGCCAGGACAACAACCUCUCCCUCAACGUGAUCAAGACAAAGGAAAUGAUUGUGGACUACAGGAAAAAGAAGAGGACCGAGCAUGCCCCGGCUGAAGUGGAGCAGGUUGAGAGCUUCAAGUUCCUUAGUGUCCACAUCACCAACAAACUAACAUGGUCCAAGCACACCAAGACAGUCGUGAAGAGGGCACGACAAAACCUAUUCCCCCUAAGGAGACUGAAAAGAUUUGGCAUGGGUCCUCAGAUCCUCAAAAGGUUCUACAGCUGCACCAUGAGAGCAUCCUGACUGGUUGCAUCACUGCCUGGUAUGGCAACUGCUCGGCCUCCGACCGCAAGGCACUACAGAGGGUAGUGUGUACGGCCCAGUACAUCAAUGGGGCCAAGCUUCCUGCCAUCCAGGACCUCUAUACCAGACGGUGUCAGAGGAAGGCCCUAAAAUGUUUCUAAAACUCCAGCCACCCUAGUCAUAGACUGUUCUCUCUGCUACCGCACGGCAAGCGGUACCGGAGCACCAAGUCUAGGUCCAAGAGGCUUCUAAACAACUUCUACCCCCAAGCCAUAAUACUCCUGAACGUGUAAUCAAAUGGCUACCCAGACUAUUUGCAUUGUCCCCCCCCCCCCUCUUUUACGCUGCUGCUACUCUCUGUUUAUUGUCUGUGCACAGUUGUUAAUUAUCUAUGCAUAGUUACUUUAAUAACUCAACCUACAUGUACAUAUUACCUCAAUUACCUCGACUAACUGGUGCCCCCGCACAUUGACUCGGUAGCGGCACCCCCUGUAUAUAGCCUCACUACUGUUAUUUUUAUGCUGCUCUUUAAUUGUUUGUUACUUUUAUUUCGUAUUAUUUUAUAUUGUAUAUUUUGGUGAUUUUUUGGGGUAUUCUUUCUUAAAACUGCAUUGUUGGUUAAGAGCUUGUAAGUAAGCAUUUCACGGUAAGGUCUACACCUGUUGUAUUCGGCGCAUGUGACACAUUUAAUUUGAUUUGAUUUGAUUCAGGGAACUCGUGCCAGUAAUUUGGUGUAUGAGGGAGCUGCUGUUGGCUUGUUGGGAACACUGGUAGAGGUUGUGGAUAGUACACACGCAUACAAACACACACACACACACACACCCACCCUUUAGCCAGCCAGAGUGAAGUCCAAUCCACAAUGGCAUGAGAAAUGAGAACACAGCCCUCAGCCAUGCUACACUGGACUGGGCCCUAAUGAUUUACAGUAAUGGAGGGAGGGCGUUCCCCUGUAAGAGCGCUCUCUCCCCCUCUGUUGGUUUCUCUGUCUGCUGCUUCAUCUCUCUCUCUCUGCCUCUCUCUCCCCCUCUCUCUCGCUCUCUCUCUCACUCUCUGCCUCUCUCCCUCUCUCCCUCCAUCCCUCUCUCCCUCCCCUCUACUGGACAUAUGGUGUUUUGGGCAGGAUAAAACGGUUUUAGGCCGUUGGCCAAGAUCGAAACAUGGCUGUGUGGAACCUCACACUGAGUAAUCCACUGACCUGGCCUCUCUCAGUCAGCCCAUUGAUCCUUCUCUCUGCCCUCUCUCUUUCCUCAGGCCCUCUCUCUCCAACAAGGAGAGUGUGCUGCAGAAUCAUACAUCAUUUCUGAAGCCAUCCAUAUGGCUCUCUCUGAUUAAUUUGUUUUGCCAGAGAAAAACAUUUUGUUUUGUUUGGCUGUGGGAAUGUAAUGAGUUUUUGAUGAGUAUUUCGAGUUGAUACGGCUCUAUUGUAUAAAUGUAAGCUUGACAUUGUGUGUGUCUAUUUCAGGGACCUGGCGGUAAUUGUGGCUUCCAUGGCAUACAACACUUGGUUCACCAAACUCUACUGCAAAGACAUGCGCAUGGUAACUAUCCACUUUACAUUACUGAUUGCAUGUGAUAUCUACAUGUCCCCUGUAGCUCAGUUGGUAGAGCAUGGCGCUUGCAACGCUUGGGUUGUGGGUUCGUUUCCCACGGGGGGGCAGUAUGAAAAUGUAUGCACUCACUAACUGUAAGUCGCUCUGGAUAAGAGUGUCUGCUAAAUGACUAAAAAUGAAAAUGUAAAUUUCUGGUUAUGUUUCUUAAACCUGUCAGCCUGAGAACAUCCAUUUGUGUUUAGACUGGACUAGCAGGAUUUAUUUAUUUGUAGUUGGUUAAAACUGUGUUUUAUCCAUCAGGAGCCGGUCCAGUUAUGUAACACUGUCUCUGUUUGAUCUCCCCAGGGUUCAGAGGUGGUGGAGCAGGUCCUUCACACCGUAAGCAAGUCCAGCAGUCUGGAGGAACUCACUCUGGAGAACGCUGGCCUCAAAUCGUGAGUCUCCUCAUCUCCUCACCUCCUCCUGUUCUGCCACUUCUCUCCCUUUCAUCUCCUCUCUUUUUAUCUGUCUAAUUAUUUUCUAACCAUCCCGACUUCACUGCUGAGUUGAGCUUUUUCUCUUCCAUGACUCAGAUAUACACAGAUGUAUAAUGUAUCACUGGAAUCAUCAAAGUCAUCUUUUAUCUCUCUUCUCUUCAUAUUUGCUAUUUUAGAGAUUUCCCUCAGAAAAUGGCGACGGCUCUGUCAGAGAAUCCUGCCUCUGCAAUACACUCUCUCAACCUGGCCCACAACACCUUAGACAACCAAGGUACUUGAUUAGUCAUGUGUUUGAAUACCAGUCUGGGUGCAUCUUUCUCCGUGUUUGCUGUUUGCUUGGCAGAUGUGUGUGUGUGUGCGUGUGUGUCCUCUAUUCAUGUUUGUGUGUCAGGGUUGUAUGCGUGCCAAGAACUCUCGUUAGUACAUCCGAAUCUGCCUCUGACACCUGUCACUUCCACUCACAUGACUGUGUGUUUGUGGCUGUGUGCCUGUAGACGCCAUGUACUACGAUUAGCUUUUUUGUCUGCGUGGAUUAUGCAUGGAUGUAUGUGUUGAUCUUGCUGAUCAUGUAUGGGGUUGUCAAGGGUGUGUGAUUGUGUAUGUUUUCUCUGAUCUAUUCAUGUUCAUGUGUGUGACUGUUUGCUUGUGGACGUGAGUGUGAGCAGUGUGUGUGUGUGUGUUUCAUUCUGACACUCUCAUGUGUGUUUAUUUUCUCCAGGAGUGUCCAACCUCAUCCAGCUGGUGUGUCGUCUCAACAAAGGCCUUCGUCUGCUCAACCUCUCCAAGACGUCCCUCUCUUCUAAGGGUGUGUUAAUCCGUCUGUCCUCCCUCUGUCCCCUGGGCCACAGUGCCCCCCUGUGGUGGUCACCUCUCCUCCAUGAACCGACACGCGCACAACUAUAGACAGGGUUGGUUUAGAUUGUUGACAACAUGUAAACUAUAUUUAGUCUCCAAUGUUUAUUGAAAACAUCAUGUUGCACAAUGAGCACUUGGUGUCUCUCAAAUACAUUGUUACAGUUGUUGGUUAGCUAGCUAGCGGAUUUUAGCCAUAUUAGCAUAGACAUGACAUCAGUCAAAACACCUCAAAACAAGACAUGGUAUGAAGAAAAAUAUAAAUCUAACUGAAACGAGCCACUCACGAUUCCCCUCAUUGCAGUUUCUUGUCAUUGUUGCUAGAUAUAUGGCCAUCCAGAAUCACAACAACACAGAGACUUCUGGCCCAUUGAAGCGUGCGCAUUGUUUUCGUGACGUUGUCAGCUAACCCGUCUAUAGGGCCUGGGGUUUUCAAAAGAAUUUCAUUCUUGAGCCAUUCAGGGUCCUAAGGUUUAUGUUCUCUUAUAUUUGUCAAGAGCACAUUUAUGAUCAAAGUCUAUUUAUAGAUUGAUAGAUUUACAGAUGACUCAUCAAAAAGACAGUCAUAAUACACUACCAGUCAAAAGUUUGGACACACCUACUCAUUCAAGGGUUUUUCUUUAUUUUUACAAUGUUUUACAUUGUAGAAUAAUAGUGAACACAUCAAAACUAUGAAAUAACACAUAUGGAAUCAUGUAGUAAACAAAAAAGUGUUAAACAUAUCAAAGUAUAUUUUAUAUUUGAGAAUCUUCAAAUAGCCACCGUUUGCCAGCUUUGCACACUCUUGGCAUUCUCUCAACCAGGAAUGCUUUUCCAACAGUCUUGAAGGAGUUCCCACAUAUUAUGAGCACUUGUUGGCUGCUUUUCCUUCACUCUGCAGUCCGACUCAUCCCAAACCAUGUCAAUUGGGUUGAGGUCGGGGGAUUGUGGAGGACAGGUAAUCUGAUGCAGCACUCCAUCACUCUCCUUCUUGGUAAAAUAGCCCUUACACAGCCCGGAGGUGUGUUGGGUCAUUGUCCUGUUGAAAAACAAAUGAUAGUCCCACUAAGCCCAAACCAGAUAGGUUGACGUAUCGCUGUAGAAUGCUGUAUUAGCCAUGCUGGUUAAGUGUGCCUUGAAUUCUAAAUGAAUCACAGAGCAAAGCACCCCCACACCAUAACACCUCCUCCUCCAUGCUUUAUGGUGGGAAAUACACAUGAGGAGAUCAUCCGUUCACCCACACCACAUCUCACAAAGACACAGCGGUUGGAACAAAAAAUCUCAAAUUUGGACUCCAGACCAAAGAACAAAUUCCCACUGGUCUAAUGUCCAUUGCUCAUGUUUCUUGGCCCAAGCUGGUCUCUUCAUAUUAUUGGUGUCCUUUAGUAGUGGUUUCUUUGCAGCAAUUCGACCAUGAAUGACCUGUUUCACACAGUCCCCUCUGAACAGUUGUUGAAAUGUGUCUACUACUUGAACUCUGUGAAGCAUUUAUUUGGGCUGCAAUUUCUGAAGCUGGUAACUCUAAUGAACUUAUCCUCUGCAGCAGAGGUAACUCUGGGUCUUCCAUUCCUGUGGCGGUCCUCAUGAGAGCCAGUUUCAUCAUAGCGCUUGAUGGUUUUUGUGACUGCACUUGAAGAAACUUUCAAAGUUCUUGAAAUGUUCCAAAUUGACUGACCUUCAUGUCUUAAAGUAAUGAUGGACUGUAAUUUCUCUUUGCUUAUUUGAGCUGUUCUUGCCAUAAUAUGGACUUGGUAUUUUACCAAAUAGGGCUAUCUUCUGUCACAACACAACUGAUUGGCUCAAACGCAGUAAGAAGGAAAGAAAUUCCACAAAUUAACUUUUAAGAAGGCAUACCUGUUAAUUGAAAUGCAUUCCAGGUGACUACCUCAUGAAGCUGGUUGAGAGAAUGCCAAGAGUGUGCAAAGCUGUCAUCAAGGCAAAGGGUGGCUAUUUGAAAAAUCUCAAAUAUAACAUAUAUUUAGAUUUGUUUAACACUUUUUUGGUUACUACAUGAUUCCAUAUGUGUUAUUUCAUAGUUUUGAUGUCUUCACUAUUAUUCUACAAUGUAGAAAAUAGUUUUAAAAAAUAAAGAAAAGCCCUGGAAUGAGUAGGUGUGUCCAAACCUUUGACUGGUACUGUAUGUGAACAUGAGGUAUCACAUUGAUGGGCAGAGGAUUGCCUACCUGCUCCCUCUCAGAGCCACAUGCCUGUCUGCUCUGCUGUCUGCUCUGUUGUUUGCUCUGUUGUCUGCUCUGCUGUCUGUUCUGUUGUCUGCUCUGUUGUCUGCUCUGCUGUCUGCUCUGUUGUCUGCUCUGCUGUCUGCUCUGUUGUCUACUCUGUUGUCUGCUCUGCUGUCUGCUCUGUUGUCUGCUCUGCUGUCUGCUCUGUUGUCUGCUGUGUGCUAAUUUCCUCUUUAAUCUGGGCGAAUUAGGGAUAUGCUUAAUCUACUGUAGUAGGGUAGAGCACAGGCCUAACUAUUCCACAGUCUUUGCCUCAUUGCUCUAACUGUAACCUUUCAUUCCAGGCUUCAAAGUAAACAUGAGAGUACAAGGUCUGGCCCUGCAAGUCUGCUUUCAUUUUGGCCAAAUGUAGUUUUUUGGGCUUUAUUGAGUUCACUGCUCACUGAUCCUGUUCUUGUUACUGUUUUCUUUCUCUGAAUCUCUGCAGUGAAGAGAUUUGAAUUGGCUGCUCUAAUGUAAUGGACCAAGGGCCAUAUUUGUAUUUUGGUUUCAGAUGGAGAGUUUAUGUGAUUAGUAGUUAGCUUUGAUAGUUGGCCAGUUAAUAGUGGGGAUCUGAAACUCUUUCCCUCCUCCACUGCAGUUACUUUAUUUCUCUAUGUCAACAGGCUAUUUCGACGUAUGCAUAUUUCUUUUUCAUUCAUCACCCUCUCCCUUCCUCUAUCUUAGGAGUGGUGUCUCUCUCCCAGGCCCUCUGCUCCAGUGAUGACUACUCCAACUCUCUCCUUCACCUGGACCUGAGCAAAAACCCUGGGAUUCUGUCUGGGGAGGAAGCCACGGUGAGACCGACACAUAAACGCCACAUGUACACGCCCACGCACGUACUGUAGCUCGCACGUAGCACGCACCCAUGCACACGCACACACAACCACACAAACACACACACACACACACACCUCUCGUUAAAGGCUCUCUCUCUGUCUAUCUCUCUGCAGAACAUGUACCUGUUCCUAGCCCAGCCAAACUGCCUGGUUCAUUUGGACCUCUCUGGGACCGACUGCACUGUGGACUCGGUUAGUAGUGUCUCCAUUCUAGAGUGCUUCAUGCUUUGAUCAUACAGUUAAAAGUGAUACAUGCUUUGUCUGGUCAAGGGUCAGGAUAGUCUUAACUAACAUACUUAUUGAAGUGGACUUUGUGAUAAUUAAAGUGGAAGUGUGGACGCCCUGAUCGGGAUGUGCAGUAUAACAGUUCUGGGAUUCUACAAACGUAUAAACAUGAAGUUUAAUCUGUAUAAUUUGGGAAGGAACAUUCUGCCCCAAAAACAAGAAGAUUAUGCCUCUUAUGUUGAGCAUGAAUUUUGUAGAGAAUAUUACAGUGUGUUCUGAGACAAGAAGCUUCUGGUCUGCCAUAGCUCGUUCCCAACUCAUUCCUCUUCCUCUGAUGUCUCUUUGGGAUGAAAGGAGGCCACUCUCUGUUAUGGAUGAUUUUUCGUGACGAUGUUAUUGUGUUCAUAUCUUGUUUUCUCCAGUAUAAUCUCCCCUGUAGAGAGUCUGGUUGACUUUGUUAGAAUGUCACUUUAUUGUAAAAUGACUUACUGACGGUGUUAGCAAAAUUAUCAUGAAAUUGCCAAGGUUAUUUACAUGAUUGAUCUUUGUAUGUAUUUGUUGAUGUGUUAACAUAAUAUGUGAUUACUAAUGCUAAUAUAUUGGUUUCUCUCCAUAACAGUUAUUUGGUGCUCUGUUGAGGGGAUGUUGUGCUGAUCUCUCUUACCUGAAUAUCUCCAAGAAUUGCUUCUCUCACAGGUGAGGUGACUGUCUUUCCCCUUGAAUGGACCGUAAUCCAAUUCUAUUCACUUAACUUAUUUUUAUCCCUGAGGGGCUACCAGCAGUAAGCCUACACUACAGCUUAUCCUCCCUCAGGAAAGUGUCCAUGUAGACAUUUCAGUAAGAAGUCAGCACAACAUAUUCUGUCAGAGAUAGGCAUUUACCCCUGUACCACGUAGACAGAAUUAGAUUGAAAUGUGUACAACUGUACAAGACGCCCCCUCAUCCAUCUAUUCUGUCUCUGAGCCAAUGUUUACCUAGAGCAGGCUGGAGCAGAGCAUCCAUGAUCCAUCUCUCAUCUGCUCUCAUUUGGCCUCCCUCAGGACUGGCAAAGCAGCAACCCCAUCUCCGCUCCGCAGAUUAAUCCAUUAUGGAAAAGUUUGUGAAAAAUGAGGCUAAUUUUGGAAGGGAAUUAUUGUUCAAACCCCAGGCUCUCUACGCACCAGCACUUUCUCGCUCUGCCUCACCUCCCCCGCUCCCGCUCUCUUCUCUCUACUAUCUCUCUCUCUCUCUCUCUAAUAUUACAAUACAGCAGGUUGGCAUUUAUUGUCAUGAAUCUUCUCCUGGAGGCACCUCUGCAGAGUGGUCAAUAGCUGGCAUAGCCACAAAGUCAUCAAAUCUGAUUUUAACCCUAACCUUAACCACACUGCUAACCCUAAUGCCUACCCCUAACCUUAAAUUAACCCUUUACACUCGUGGUAAUUGGCCUAUAUGGAUAGGACUAAAUUGAAAUGUUUCUUAUAAAAUAAAUAUGAAAUGCAUAAGAAUGGUAGCAAUUGAAAGGGAACAGUUUGGAGAUUAUGGGAAAAUGAUUAGACCAAAGUUGAGGACACACAGUUCACCUGACACAAGACUGAAUCCAAACAUGACACUGUUGAUUUUACAGUAUGUGCAUUUUACAUUUACUGUACUUUUCACUGCAUUUGUUGAUAACGACAUCUGAAAAUACUCUGGAUACAUUCAGUGACAUGAUAAGAAUAUUCAUGGAAAAUGUGGGGUAGGUGCAACAUAUGACAAAACAAUUACAAGGGUUUGAGUGAGAGGACUAACUGGUGUCUCCAAGUUCAACUAUAAGGUGCUUUUCUGAGCUCUCCUAGCUGUGCCAUUAAGGCACUAGAGUAAGCACAAUUGUAGUUGUUUUGUUUGGAACACAACCCUGCAAUCCUGUUUACGCAAUCCAAAAAGGGUCCAUUUUAAAUUGCAAUCUGGGUCAGCUGGGCAUUAUUUGAAUGCUUGUUCUACUGCCAACAUGACUAACUACGUUAUAAAAUACAAUCUUACAGUGUUAGGCUUUCACAAGGCAAUUCAGAGAAACAGAUUGUAAUUUUGAUGCGCAUAGAAAGGAGUCAUGAGUGCAUUCAGGUGCGUGUUCCGUAUUGCUGUUCAGAACAACCCAGGGUAUGUUGCCAUGUCAUCUUGUAACUGUACUGUGCCUUCUGAAAGUAUUCACACCACCUUUAACUUUUCCAUAUUUUGUUGUGUUACAGCCUGAAUAAAAUGUUUAUUCAAUUGAGAUUUUGUGUCACUGAUCUACACACAAUACCCCAUAACGUCAAAGUGGAAUUAUGUUUUUAGAAAUGUUUACAAAUUAAUAACAAAUGUAAAGCUGAAAUGUCUUGAGUCAAUAAGUAUUCAGACCUUUUGUUAUGGCAAGCCUAAAUAAGUUCAGGAGUAAAAAUGUGCUUAACAAGUCACAUAAUAAGUUGCAUGGACUCAAUCUGUGUGCAAUAAUAGUGUUUAACAUGAGUUUUAAAUGACUACCCCAUCUCUGUACCCCACACAUACUGUACAAUGACAUACAAGUACAGAUUUAACCACAAAGACCAGGGAGGUUUUCCAGUGGUUCUCAAAGAAGGGCACCUAUUGGUAGAUAGGUAAAACAAAAGCAGACGUUGAAUAUCCAUUUGAGCAUGGUGCAGUUAUUAAAUACACUUUGGAUCGUGUAUCAAUACCCCUAUUCACUACAAAGAUACAGGCGUCCUUCCUAACUCACUUGCCGGAGAGGAAAGAAACUGCUCAGGGAUUUCACCAUGAGGCCGAUGUCGAUUUUAAAACAGUUACAGAGUUUAAUGGCUGUGAAAGGAGAUAUCUGAGGAUGGAUCAACAACAUUGUAGUUACUCCACAAUACUAACAUAAAUGACAGAGUGAAAAGAAGGAAGCCUAUACAGAAAAAAAUAUUCCAAAACAUGCAUCCUGUUUGCAAUAAGGCACUAAAGUAAUACUGCAAAAAAUGUUUCAAAGACAUUAACUUUUUGUCCUGAAUACAAAGCGUUAUGUUUGGGGCAAAUCCAACACAACACAUCACUGAGUCCACUCUUCAUUUUUGGUGGUGGAUGUAUCAUGUUAUGGGUAUGAUUGUCAUCUGCAAGGACUAGGGAGUUUUUAGGAUAAAAAUAAAUGGAAUAGAGCUAAGCACAGGCAAAACCCUAGUGGAAAACUUGGUUAAGUGUGCUUUCCAACAGACACUCAGAGACAAAUUCACCUUUCAGCAGGACAAUUACCUAAAACACAAGGCCAAAUAUACAGUCGUGGUCAAACGUUUUGAGAAUGACACAAAUACUAAUUUUCACAAAGUCUGCUGCCUCAGUUUUGAUGAUGGCAAUUUGCAUAUACUCCAGAAUGUCAUGAAGAGUGAUCAGAUGAAUUGCAAUUAAUUGCAAAGUCCCUCUUUGCAAUGAAAAUGAACUUAAUCCCCCCAAAACAUUUCCACUGCAUUUCAGCCCUCCCACAAAAGGACCAGCUGCCAUCAUGUCAGUGAUUCUCUCGUUAACACAAGUGAGAGUAUUGACGUGGACAAAGCUGGAGAUCACUCUGUCAUGCUGAUUGAGUUAGCAUAACAGACUGGAAGCUUUAAAAGGAGGGUGGUGCUUGAAAUCAUUGUUCUUCCUCUGUUAACCAUGGUUACCUGCAAGGAAACAUGUGCCGUCAUCAUUGCUUUGCACAAAAAGGGCUUCACAGGCAAGGAUAUUGCUGCUAGUAAGAUUGCACCUAAAUCAACCAUUUAUCGGAUCAUCAAGAACUUCAAGGAGAGAGGUUCAAUUGUUGUGAAGAAGGCGUCAGGGCUCCCAAGAAAGUCCAGCAAGCGCCAGGACCGUCUCCUAAAGUUGAUUGAGCUGCGGGAUCGGGGCACCACCAGUGCAGAGCUUGCUCAGGAAUGGCAGCAGGCAGGUGUGAGUGCAUCUGCACGCACAGUGAGGCGAAGACUUUUGGAGGAUGGCCUGGUGUCAAGAAGGGCAGCAAAGAAGCUACUUCUCUCCAGGAAAAACAUCAGGGAUAGACUGAUAUUCUGCAAAAGGUACAGGGAUUGGACUGCUGAGGACUGGGGUAAAGUCAUUUUCUCUGAUGAAUCCCCUUUCCGAUUGUUUGGGGCAUCCGGAAAACACCUUGUCCAGAGAAGACAAGGUGAGCGCUACCAUCAGUCCUGUGUCAUGCCAACAGUAAAGCAUCCUGAGACCAUUCAUGUGUGGGGUUGCUUCUCAGCCAAGGGAGUGGGCUCACAAUUUUGCCUAAGAACACAGCCAUGAAUAAAGAAUGGUACCAACACAUCCUCUGUGAGCAACUUCUCCCAACCAUCCAAGAACAGUUUGGUGACGACCAAUGCCUUUUCCAGCAUGAUGGAGCACCUUGACAUAAGGCAAAAGUGAUAACUAAGUGGCUCGGGGAACAAAACAUCGACAUUUUGGGUCCAUGGCCAGGAAACUCCCCAGACAUUAAUCCCAUUGAGAACUUGUGGUCGAUCCUCAAGAGGUGGGUGGACAAACAAAAACCCACAAUUUCUGACAAACUCCAAGCAUUGAUUAUGGAAGAAUGGGCUGCCAUCAGUCAGGAUGUGGCCCAGAAGUUAAUUGACAGCAUGCCAGGGCGGAUUGCAGAGCUCUUGAAAAAGAAGGGUCAACACUGCAAAUAUUGACUCUUUGCAUAAACUUAAUGUAAUUGUCAGUAAAAGCCUUUGACACUAAUGGAAUGCUUGUAAUUAUACUUCAGUAUACCAUAGUAACAUCUGACAAAAAUGUCUCAUAACACUGAAGCAGCGAACUUUGAGAAGACCAAUACUUGUGUCAUUCUCAAAACUUUUGACCACGACUGUAAACUGGAGUUGUUUACCAAGACGACAUAGAGUUUUCCUGAGUGGCCUAGUUACAGUUGUUACUUAAAUUGGCUUAAAAAUCUAUGGCAAGACUUAAAAAUGUAACACAUAAAAAGGUCAAGGGGUGUGAAUAUAUAAAACGUAGUGUUCAUAAACGUUGACACUGUAUAUGACAUGAGUUUUUUUAUAUGGAAAUGUGAAGUGCACAUUUGGACUCACAGGUGUUUGGCUUGCUUGUAUGACAUCAAAGCGGUAUUUAUUAUAAUUCUCAACGUCUUUCAAAAUACAUCGAGUCCUUAUAAUUUACAGCAUUUCCCUCACUCAGACAACAAAAACAUUUCAAAAGUUGCCCAAUUUGCGGGAGGAAUGGGUUGCAACUUUUUGUCACAUGCGUUGCUCAAGUUCAGAAUGGCUGUCAGUCAAAACCCAUACAGCGCUCUGAAGCACAGUGCCUGAGCUCCCAUGGAUAGCAUGUUACUGUACAGCCACUGCAUUCCAAUUUAGGUGCUUAUCAGUGCCCAAAUCUGCAAUUUUCAACACAGUUAAGACCAAAAAGCACGAUUUUGUUUUCAUGAACUUUUACGAUAUAUAUCCAAUUUUGCAGCUGGCCCAUCUAGCGGAAAUCUCUCAUUUCUUCCUCCAGGGCAAGAUUCAUGACAAUUAACGUCAACCUGCUACUAUAGAGUUCUCUCACCCUCCCUAUCUAUCCUCUCUUUCUCCAUUCCUCUCAUGCCUCUCUUUCUCUGUCUUUUCUCUAUUGCAUCUCUUUCUCACUCGCUCUCUUCUCUUCGACAUGUCCCCCCCCCCCCCCCCCCAAUGUGUGUCUGUCCUUCACUAGGUCAUGGUAUUCAGCUGUAUGUGUGGCAGUAGUCAGUGGAGCCUUGGUUGCUCUGCCUGAGCUCUGAUCUCGCCACAUGAAAUAGAAUAUGAAUCGGUUUGAGCUGAUAAGAAUGAAAGACUCAUGGAAAUUAAACAGCCAGCACUAUCCCCUCUCUCUCUAUCUCUCUCUCUCUCUCUCUCUCUCUCUCUCUCUCUCUUUCUCCUCUCUCAUCUCUCUUUCCUCAAUAGCAUUGACUGCAACACUGUUCAGUGUUUACUCUGGCCCCUCUGUGCUGUGUGUAUCUGCUGCCCAUCUCUGUGUGACUGAAGCCAGUCUUAAGUCCCCUGCAGCCACGCUCUGACAGGAUUUAUGCUGAUGAGCGCAUAGGUCGGCAGCACAUGUUGGGAACACGGACCUGUUAUUAUGCCAUGCUCUGACAUGAGCCCCCAUAAACCCAUCUCUUUCUUUACUUAUUUCUGUCUGUCUGUCUGUCUGCCUGCCUGCCUGCCUGUCUGUCUCUCUCUCUCUCUCUCUCUCCCUUUCUCUUUCUCUUUCUCUUUCUCUUUCUCUCACACACUCUUUCUUUCUUUCUUUCUUAUACCUUUCUUUAUUUCUUCUUCUUUCUUUAUUUUUUCUUUCUUUCUUCAUUUAUUUCUUCUUCUUUCUUUUCUUUCUUCUUUCUUUCGUUUUUCUUCCUCUCUCUCUCCCUAUCUCCUAUCCCUCUUCCCCUUGUUGUCACGACCGUCUGGGUAAGGAGUAGUAGACCAAGGCGCAGCGUGUGAAAUAAACAUGACUUUAUUUAAUUAAAGCACGAAAACCAAAACAAAACACGACUCGUGAAGUCCACGGUAAAAAUACCGACACGGAACAAAAACCCACAAACACAAGGUGAAAACAGACCGUUUAAAUAUGGCUCCCAAUCAGAGACAACGAGCCAACAGCUGACACUCGUUACCUCUGAUUGGGAGUCACUCAAACAAAGAAGAAACACAACAACCUAGAACAACCAACCAAGAAACAGAACACAAAGAAACGGAACACACCCCUGGACUCAACAUACAGAGUCCCGGAGCCAGAGCGUGACAGUACCCCCCCCUAAAGGCGCGGACUGCGACCGCGCCUCAAUAAGGGCUAAACAAGGGAGGGCUGGGCGGGGCAUACCUCCUCGGCGGCGGGGUUCUGGCCCCGGCCUUGCCCACCACCCUCCAAACAACCCCCCAUAGCGCCCCUGGUCGGUCUGACCCCGCUGGCUGGAUCUGGACUGGACAAUGACGGAGCGGAUUGCUUACGCUCCGUUGUGGAGCAGCUGACCGGUCUUACCAGGCUGACGACUCGCACCCCGGGCUUGGUGCGAGUAGCAGGAACGGGCUGAACCAGGCUGACGACUCGCACCCCUGGCUUGGUGCGGAGUGGCAGGAACGGGCUGGACCAGGCUGACGACUCGCACCCCUGGCUUGGUGCGAGUGGCAGGAACGGGCUGGACCAGGCUGACGACGCACCCCGUAGGCUUGGUGCGUGGAGCAGGGACAGGCCGGGCUGGGCUGACGACGCACACCGUAGUCCUGGUGCGUGGAGCAGGGACAGGCCGGACAGGGGCUGGCGACGCACCCCAUAGGCUUGGUGCGUGGAGCAGGGACAGGCGGGCUGGGCGUGACGACGCAUACCGUAGGCUUGGUGCGUGGAGCAGGAACAGGCCGGACAGGGCUGGCGACGCACACCGUAGACUUGGUGCGUGGAGCAGGAACAGGCCGGGCAGGGCUGGCGACGCACACCGUAGACUUGGUGCGUGGAGCAGGAAACAGGCCGGGCAGGGCUGGCGACGCACACCGUAGACUUGGUACGUGGAGCAGGAACAGGCCGGGCUUGGGCUGGCGACGCACACCGUAGGUUUGGCGUGUGGAGCAGGAAACAGGCCGGGCAGGGCUGGCGACGCACACCGUAGACUUGGUGCGUGGAGCAGGAAACAGGCCGGGCAGGGCGGUCGACGCACACCGUAGGGUUUGGUGCGUGGAGCAGGAACAGGCCGGGCAGGGCUGUCGACGCACACCGUAGACUUGGUGCGUGGAGCAGGAACAGGCCGGGCAGGGCUGUCGACGCACACCGUAGGUUUGGUGCGUGGAGCAGGAACAGGCCGGGCAGGGCUGGCGACGCAACACCGUAGGUUUGGUGCGUGGAGCAGGAAACAGGCCGGGCAGGACUGGCGACGCACCCCGUAGGCUUGGUGCGAGAGGCAGGAACAGGCCGGACCGGGCUGGAGACGCGCACCGUCCAUUUGGUGCGAGGGGCCGUAAACAGGCCGGACCAUACUGGGGACACCACACCACUGGCUCUACUCCGGGAACUGGAACGGGCCGGACCGGACUGGUUAGCACACACCCAGUACCUCUCGCCGUGCCUCUAAACCUCCUUUCCCUACUUUGACCAGUGGCCCCCGUAACCUGGUGGCCUUUUGAAUACGCCCCUUCUCUGCCUCCGUCAGCCCCGUCGUCCAUGCCCUGUGCCCCCCCCUAAAAAAUUCUUGGGGGUGCCUCUCGUCCGUCCGACGAUGGCACUGCUGACGCCGCUGCUCCUCUUUCGCCAGGGCCUUGAUCCUACCCCAAGGUCCCUUGCCCCCGAGCAUGUCCUCCCAGGACCACACCUUGCCCACCUGGGCCAUCGCCAGCCUCUCCAUCUCCUUUCCCGGCGCUUCCUCCCAUGUCCAGUCUGCCUGCUCCUGGACACGCUGCUUGGUCGUUGUAUGGUGGGUUUUUCUGUCACGACCGUCUGGGUAAGGAGUAGUAGACCAAGGCGCAGCGUGUGAAAUAAACAUGACUUUAUUUAAUUAAAGCACGAAAACCAAAACAAAACACGACUCGUGAAGUCCACGGUAAAACAUACCGACACGGAACAAAAACCCACAAACACAAGGUGAAAACAGACAGUUUAAAUAUGGCUCCCAAUCAGAGACAACGAGCCAACAGCUGACACUCGUUACCUCUGAUUGGGAGUCACUCAAACAAAGAAACACAACAACCUAGAACAACCCAACCAAGAAACAGAACACAAAGAAACGAACACACCCUGGCUCAACAUACAGAGUCCCGGAGCCAGAGCGUGACACUUGUUUCUAUCUCUACACCCUCUAUCUCUCUCUUUCUGUCACUACCUGCUGCAUUAUUUGUAUGGUCAGGCUAAAAUGAGUGUUAGUUAUGCUGUUCUACAAUUUAGGAAUAUACCGUCCCCUGUAUUACAAUGAAAUGCCUGGACGCUUCUGUUAUCUGGUAUGGCUCAGAGGGCUUUUCCUGACAUGCUCAGAAUUAGUUAGCUGGUGUAAAACCAAUAUGGGCCGCUGAAGUGUGUGUAUGUGUCCACAAGGAAAAUAUUUCACGCUCAGUUGUGUUAACAGAUGGUUUGAUACAAAACUAUGUUUGUAAAUUAAACUUGUUUCGUGUUGUUGACAUUGUCUGAUGUUAUAGUAUUGUUUUUUGAAGGUUUGCCAUUUACUGCAGUUGAAUGUGCAAUAAUGGUGACCAAGCCUAAAUAUAAAAUGUCUAUUCUUCUCACUUCUCUGCCUCUGUCUAUAUCUCUGCCUCUGUCUUAAAUUAUCUCUCUCUCCCUCCAUUUCUCUCUCUCUCUCUCUCUCUCUCUCUCUCUCUCUCUCUCUCUCUCUCUCUCUCUCUCUCUCUCUCUCUCUCUCUCUUUCUCUCUCUCUCUCUCUCUCUCAAUUUCAAUUUGAAGGGCUUUAUUGGCAUGGGAAACAUAUGUUAACAUUGCCAAAGCAAGUGAAAUAGAUUGUAAACAAAAGUGAAAUAAACAAUACAAAUUAACAGUAAACAUUACACUCAGAAGUUCCAAAAGAAUAAAGACAUUUCAAAUGUAAUAUUAUGUAUAUAUACAGUGUUGUAACAAUUUGCAAAUAGUUAAAGUACAAAUGGGAAAAUAAAUAAACAUAAAUAUGGGUUGUAUUUACAAUGGUGUUCUCUCUCUCUCCCUCUCUCUCUCUUUCAGGAAAGUUAGGGAGACUCUUCCUGUCUUCAGGCAGUUCUUCAGUUCAGCCUUCAGUCUUACGCACGUCAACCUGUCUUCUAUGAAGCUCCCUCCGGACACUCUGAGGUGAGAUAGGGACUACGCUCUGGCCACCUGCCAAAAUGUCGGACUCACUCUGGGCUACCUCAGUUUACGUCAGUCCAUAAUUUAUUUACCUACACUUCAUGAAUUCUUUAACAUGUUUGUAUUGUUAAAAGUGUUUUGUUGGUAAAUCCAAUCUCCCUAUCAAGCGAAGGUGUCUUUUUUUGUGUAGCACUUUACCACGCUUCCUGCAUUUUAGUUUAAGCACUUACUGUUCCUUGGCGAAGUAGUUUUAGAAAUCUCUAAGCUCCUUUUCUCCCAAAUCCUUUAAGAUUGCUGUAGCACCCCUCAGUGUGUGUGAAUAGAAAUCCACAUGGUUUCAUUUUAGGGAAGUUAAUGGAAAAUCAGUCACGGUAAUUAAGAAAACAAUUUGAAAUGAGUUUGCUAUGCAUUGACCUUUUUUGACCUCCUCUUUCUCUUUCUCCAUCUCUGCCUCUCUCAGAGCUCUCUUCCUUGGCCUGUCUUCCAACCCUCACAUCAGUGACCUACACCUGGACAUCAGCGGCUGUGAGGUACGGUGCCUGUCUGUCUGAAUUACCUUGCCCCUGUCUCUCCAUUUGAUUGAUUUAGACUCCUCCGGUCUCUCCUGAUCGCAGCUAUGAGAGCGGAGAGAGAGAUCGGAAGAGAGAGUCUCCUCUCUCUCUCUCUAGCGCUCUUCUCUAUCGCUCUCUCUCUCUCUCUCUCUCUCUCUCUCUCUUUCUCUCUCUCUCUCUCUCAGUUGAGGUCUGUGGGUGCUGGGGUGCUCCAGGAGCUGUUUCCCAGAGUGGCCUGUAUUGGUACUCUGGACAUCUCAGACAACGGUGAGCGUUCACCCUUCUCUUCCCUACGCAUGCCACAGUCUUAUGAGCCUUUUCAGGGCUAACGUAAAUGCCAGUUUAUAUGUAUCAGCUGAUAUACUGUGUAUAUGUGUCUCUCAGGGUUGGAUACUGAUCUACUUGGGGUCAUCCCAGCCUUCUCCAGACACCCCUCCCUCAAACAUUUGCUGCUGGGCAAGAACUUCAACAUCAAGGGCAGGUAGGGACAGUAAUCCAUCCUUCACAGGCACUUAGAAGCACGCACUGGGAAGAUAUAUAUUUUAUCUAACACUGCCAAUUCUGUGUCUGCAGGGUGCUGGAUGAAAUUCUGCAGAAACUAGUGCAGUUAGUGCAGGAGGAAGAGUGUGUGAGUUUCAUAAUGUAUUUGAACACAUACUGAGACACACACAAACUAAUACACGUACGAUACAGGUAUAUUUAUGUACUCUCACCCACACACUGCCAUACUCUACACAGGCACACACACACACACACACACACACACACACACAUACACACACACUAACUUUUGUAUGUUCUCUCCAGCCCUAGUGAAUGAUUCAUUGGGACGUGCUUUAUUCUCUCAGCUCCGGGCUUCUCUCUCAGUGCAGAUACACCAUCACCAUACACCAUGAUGAGCUCACUCAAUUAUUUACUGCUGUUGAUGCUGAUCACUCACAAACAUAACACAAACAUACAGCACUCAUACACACACACACACACAAAUACACACACUUCCCAACUUAUCCUCUCUUGCCCCUUCUCCCUCUCAUCCCUCUCUCCAUCUCUCCAUCCUCAGGCCCUGCAGUCCCUCUCUUUGGCGGACUCGCGCCUGCGCUCUCGGGGCACAGUGCUGGUGAACGCUCUGGGCAGCAACACCUGCCUGCGCAAGGUGGACCUAAGUGGGAACAGCCUGGAGGAUGCGGGGGCUAAGAUGCUCAGCAAAGCCCUGCAGAUCAACACUACACUCAGGUUAAGAUAGAGGGAGCUAGGGAAAGUAGGAGAGAAAGAGAGGAGGGAGAAAGGGGGAGGGAGAGAGGGAGGGAGAGAGGGGGAGAGGGGGAGAGAGAGAGAGAGAGGGCGAGAGAGAGAGAGAGAGAGAGAGAGAGAGAGAGAGAGAGAGAGAGAGAGAGAGAGAGAGAGAGAGAGAGAGAGAGAGAGAGAGAAGAGAUGGGGAAAGCUCAUUAUACAGUUGCUAAGCCGUAGUUAAUGCAGUGACAAUGCAAUGAUACGGGUUGUGUUACGGCUGUCAAUACACUCUGUAGUGAACACAGUGCAACUUGCAACAUACAAGCACUUCUUUGGUUAUUCAUGCUGUGCUAGUUCUGAAUUUGUAAUUUGACAGGUGUCAUGUAUGUGAGCUUUGGUUUUCAAGUCAAUUAUUGAUCUAAUUAUGUCUCCUUUUCUCUUUCUUCCUCCAAUUUCAUCCUUCUAAGGAGUGUGACGUGGGAUCGCAAUAACACCACGGCUACAGGAUUUCAAGAUGUGGCUCGGGCCCUGGAACAGUAAGAUACACACACCCCAACACACACACACACACACGCUCUCACCCACCCACUCACUCAAACAAACUUGAACACGAGGGACAUAGAUAAAAGUCAAAGACGUAUAUCUUUGAGCUUGCCUUGCAGUCAAGUGUUUGUCAUUGCACAGCAUUUCAUCAGCACCCUGACCUGUUUGUGAGGCAAGGGUGCCUGUUUAAGUUCUAAUGACAAGAAUUAACAUUUUUAUUUAACCUUUAUUUAACUAGGCAAGUCAGUUGAGAACAAAUUCUUAUUUACAAUGACGGCCUACACCGGCCAAACCCGGACGACGCUGGGCCAAUUGUGCGCCGCCCUAUGGGACUCCCAAUCACGGCCAGUUGUGAUACAGCCUGGAAUCGAACCAGUGGGUCUGUAGUGAUGCCUCAAGCACUGAGAUGCAGUGCCUUAGACCGCUGCGCCACUCGGGAGCCCCAAUAUAGAGGACAAGACAUUAGAGUGAUAUCUGCUACUGCAUCAAGCAUUUCCAUUCUGUGCUAGUUAAAGGCAAUUACUCAUAAUUAUUCAUAGAAAAGGUAUAGAGGUAUUUUUUUUUUAAAUUUAAAUUCUCUAAUUUUUUUUGCUCACUCAUUCUCUUGACAGUAACUUCACCCUGCAGUACAUGGCCAUUCCCCUCAGCGAUGUCACACAGGCUUACCGGAGUGCCCCUGAGAAGAUUGACCAAGCGCUGACCAAGGUGGGUUACCUGGGUUGUGACAUCACACCAUGACAUCAUCACACCAUGACAUCUUGACUGUGGUCAGCAACUUAUGUCUCAUAUCCAUCAGACGUUCUUAUUUCUGCCCUAUUCACUUUGCUUUGUGAAACCAUCUCUUCUCUUUUGCUCUUCUUCUUUCACCUCCCACAUUCCGCCUUUCCCUCUCUCUCCCUCUGUUUCUCAGAUCCAGCGUGCUCUGCUGAGGAACAACCAGACCCAGAGGUUCUCUCAGAAACAGUCUCUGCGUCUGCACCAAGGCCUGGUCACCAGCACUGCUGAACAGGUACAAAUACUGUGUGUGCUUAUGUAAACUGUGACAUUUUGGCGAGAAGACAAUCUUUGAGUCAAAACCCCACUGACUGACGGCUGUGUGUGUCAGGUGAUGGAGCGGCUGUGUGUGCGUGUGCAGCAGCAGGUGUGUGUUCUCCGAGGCUCAGAGGAAGGAGAGGAGCUGCAGGCUGCCAGACAGGUCCUGAAGGAGGCCAGAAACUCCCGUGCGGUAAGUGUGUGUGCGUAUGCGUGUGAAGUGUGUGUGUGCGUAUGCGUGCGUGUUUAUAUAUUCUAAACCACUCUCUAUGUCUCUCUCAGCUAUACGGUGUGCGUAUGCAUGUGUGUGUGUGUGUGUUGAAUAUGGAUAUGUAUGUGUGUUUAUAUAUUCUAAGCUUCUCUCUCUCCCUCUCUCCCUCUCAGCUCUAUCCAUCUCUGUGUGAGCUGGCCCAUGUUCUCUCAGUGGACGGGCCUGUCAGACAGAAACUGGAUUCUCUAGCAGGAGAGCUGGCCAAGGCUGCUGACAAGGAACUACAGGUAGACCACUCAACACUCUUCUCCCCCUGCAUGGUUGGAGUUAGACUAUGAUGGAUUCAUUAAAAGAUAGAUGGAUAUAUACAUUCUCUGGCAGGAGACCUGGCCAAGGUUGUUGAUAAGGAAAUGUGGGUACUGUGAUUCUUAUCAUAGACAGGACUUAUUGAAUGAGGGAAUAACACAUUGAUGGCUUUAUUGACUGAUAAUUCCCAGGUGAUAGUGGACUCCAUGGUGUCUCUGUGUCGAGAGCUGUGUCCCAUGUCCUCCUCCGCAGCUGAGCGACUCAACCCUCCGCUCUCCUCCAUCUCAGAACGCGUCUCCAUCCCUCGCUCCACCAUCCGCACCGCCCUGAUGGAGAGAGCAGCACAGGACGUCAACAGAGCCCUGGAGUAAGAGGGGGAGGAAAGAAAAGAGGGAGGGGAUGAAAAGGGUCUAGACUAAAGAGAAGGAUGUGAAUAGAGAAUGAAGGAAGUAUUCACUCCCCCCCCCCCCCCCCCCACCACCUCCCCUUCUCUCUCUCACAAUUCAAUUUCAAUUUAAGGGGCUUUAUUGGCAUGGGAAACACAUGUUUACAUUGCCAAAGCAAGUGAAAUAGAUCAUAAACAAAAGUGAAAUAAACCAUACAAAAUGAACAGUAAACAUUACACUCACAAAAGUUCCAAAAGAAUAAAGACAUAACAAAUGUCAUAUCAUGUCUAUAUACAGUGUUGUAAUGAUGUGCAAAUAGUUAAAGUACAAAAGGGAAAAUAAAUAAACAUAACAUAGGUUGUAUUUACAAUGGUGUUUGUUCUUCACUGGUUGCCCUUUUCUUGUCGCAACAGGUCACAAAUCUUGCUGCUGUGAUUGCACACCGUGGUAUUUCAUCCGAUAGAUAUUGGAUCUGUUUUCGAAUUCUUUGUCGGUCUGUGUAAUCUGAGGGAAAUAUGUGUCUCUAAUAUGGUCAUACAUUUUGCAGGAGGUUAGGAAGUUCAGUUUCUCAUUUUGUGGGCGAUGUGCACAUAGCCUGUCUUCUCGAGAGCCAGGUCUGCCUUCGACGGCCUUUCUCAAUAGCAAAGCUAUGCUCACUGAGUCUGUACAUAGUCAAAUAUUUCCUUAAUUUUGGGUCAGUCACAGUGGUCAGGUAUUCUGCCACUUGCUUUGCUUUAUCUUGGCCAGGUCCCAGUUGUAAAUGAGAACUUGUUCUCAACUGGCUUAACUGGUUAAAUAUAGGUUUUAAAAAAAACUCUCUGUUUAGGGCCAAAUAGCAUUCUUGUUUGCUGUGUUUUUUUUGUAAAUUCUUUCCAAUGUGUCAAGUAAUUAUCUUUUUGUUUUCUCAUGAUUUGGUUGGGUCUAAUGUGUGGUCGCUAUUAUAUCUCGCUAGCGAGAGAUUAGAGGAGAGAGAGGAGAGAGAAAGAAGAGAGAGCAGAGCAGAGAGAGAGAGCGCACGAGAGAGUAGAGCAAACGAUAUAGUAGCGCUCGACAGCAGCUAUAUAUAUCUCCUAUCUUCUAUCUCAUAGCUCUCUAUAUAGCGAUCAGAUCGCGCGCGCUCUCGCUCUCUCCUCUCUCUCUCUCUCUUCUCUCUCUCUCUCAGGGACGUGAAGCUGUCUGUGGUCUCCUAUCUGACCAACUCCAUAGUGGAUCAGAUCCUUCAGAAGCUCUACACCACUCACAAAACCCUGGUACUAACACACACACUACUCUCUAUCUGUGCUCUAUGUGUCUUUACCUCUAUGCACUGUGUACCUCUGUGUACCUCUGUGUACCUCUGUGACCUCUGUGUACCUCUAGAACAAGUGACUUGUUCAAUCUCAGUUUCAUCUUCCCACUAUCUCACACUAGUGAGCAUAGUCUAAGACCAGACCAGUUCCCACCAGUAUAUAGUAUUGUAAAUCUCUCUGUUGUCUUAGCUGUGUCAGGUGUCCCAGGUGAAGCGUUGGGAUGGCGCAGGGACAGACAGACGCACCAUCAGAAACUUCAGAAUCACAGACUCACUGGACUUCCCCGACGAGGAAGGCCUGGGCAUGAACAUUGUAAGUGUGUGGGCAGGUGUAUAUGUGUGUGUGUAUGAGUGCAUUUUUCCAUUGCUCUAUCAUGUUGCCUUUCCUCUCUCUGUGUCUUACUAGGACACCAUCGCCAUCAAGAAACGUAGCUCCAGAACCAGAAGGAUUCGUCCAGUGUCAACCAGAUUGAGUAUCUUACCUUAAUUAUAAGGUUUUCAUGCAGGGCAUUUUAUGUGGAUUAACAUGAAUUUGACCCAACGUUUAUCUCCUCUCCCUCCCUUAGGUCUUGGAGACGAUCCCACCUCCUCCCCGCCUCCCUCUGCCCCGUCUCACUCUGCCCCCCUAUCCUGCUCAUCAUCAUGGGAGGGUCUGUCCACCCUGCCUACCCAGGGUGCACCACUGCGCCACGUGACACAGGUCAGGCCACGGCCCCCACGAAGGCACUGUCGAGGACAAGUCCCCCUGGAAACAGUGAGUCGCCUCUUACCUGUUAAGAAUAGCCAGACCCAAUCCCAAAUCAACCCCUAGCCCCUAAGGUUAAGCACAUCUGAAAGCUUGUAAUGUUGAAAGUUCCAACUUACCCACUAGGCUUGGUGAAAUGUGAUACAUACACUACCUAUCCAAUCAUUUUAGUUCUACUUAAGUACCCAGGGGGUAGGGGUUGACCACACCUCUGAGUCAAACAAAGUUACAUGUAUUUUCUAUUCACCUCUCUAAUACCAUUUAUUUGUAUUUUAGAAUUUUAGUCAUCCUGGUUUUUCAUGCCAGAGGCAUUCCAAAAAUAAGAUCCUUUAUGACUGUGAAUCUAUCGUAUUAGCUCAUGACUCACUAGUUUAUGAUGUUCUCCAAUCUGCAAUGUCCCAAGGCAUCUCUCUGUUGGCAGCAUAUCAGAUUGCUCGGCAGUGUCCCAAAUUGCACUCUUUUCCCUAUAUAGUGCACUUCUUUCGACCAGAGCCCUAUGGGCCCUCGUCAAAAGUAGUGCAUUAUAUAGGGGAUAGGGUGCAUGUAGAUGAUACAUGAUAAUUGUACAUGAUAGCACGGCAGUAGUUUCAGUGUGACAGCAGCAUUGUGUUGGUGGCUGUAGUGUAAACCUGUUAUCUCUGUCCUCUUAGUACUGUUCAGAGAACGGAGGAGUCAACAUGCUGGAGGAUGGACUGCCUGAUUUCUAUACCAAGAGAGUCCUGCCUGACAGGUAGGCUAUGCACAACUCACACACACACACACACACGCACGCACCCACACACACACAUAUACACACACACACACACACGAACUCUCACUGACCCAGCUGCCCAUAUCUUUAUCUCUCCACACCAGUCAGCUGUCACUACUCCAUCAAGCUCAGUCCCUGAGGAGGAAGAAGAGACGCAGCGUGCUGUCAAUCUUCUCCGGGUUCCGCAAGAAUCGCAACUCCACCAUCUCCAAUCAGGAAACAGAGUACGGAGAGUCAUGAAAAGUCAUGCACACAUUUUAUUGAUUUAUUGACUAAAAUAUGAUAACAGGUCCUUGUUAUAAAUGGUUCAUGAAUUGUUAACAACAAAUAUUUAGUAAUUGUUUAUUAUCAGUUUAUCAGUUUACAAUAAGUCUCUCUCUCGUUCUCUCUCUCUCUCUCUCUCUCUCUCUCUCAGUAGUGGCUCAGAGAACGUGUACUCUAUGAUUCAGCAUCCUAAGGAUCCUGGGAAGGGGGAGGCCAUCAUUGAGGUGGGAGCAAAUGGGAGGAUGAUGCCGUCCCCUAGGCCCAUCCAGGGCACACCACUGCCUGGGAUGAGGGGGGCCAGGCCCAGUCCCCACAGCCUCACACAGAGACAGGUAGGAACGUACCACUGAAGGUCUGUCCCUGGCUCAUGAAUAGGGCCAGAAGUUUAGAUCGAGUUUAAGCGAGGUGAUAUGUGAGAGUUGUGUUUGUUUUGAUUAAUCUUGUUGUAUUCAUUGUAUUAUAUUGAUAUUAUUAUCUUACAUUAUAUGUAUUAAAUUUUGUAUGUUCAUGUUCGCAGGGCUCCCUUGUAAAUGAGACCCUGGUCUCAAUGGUGACCCACCCUGUAAAAAUAAUAAUAAUUGCAUAUACGACACAAUGUGAGCCUUACAAUCGACGCUCUUCCCUCUGUCUCUCUCCUACCUUCCAGCCUUCAGAUCUGGUCGGCAUGGUAUACAGUUGUAUCGCAGCAGAAGAUGAGGACUCAGACAGUAGCUUUGAGAUCAGACCAGUGGGCAGAGACACAAACAGACAGAAGGACAGACAGACUGCAUCAGACACCAAGACAGAGACCCAUGCCAAUGGACAUGCGAUGUCCUCCGCUUCUCUGACAGACAAACAGGCUGACAUACAAACUGACAAACAGACUAACAGACAGACAGAGCCAGUCAGUCAGGACCUGCCGAUGCCCAGCGCUCAGACAGACACACAGACGGAGGUGGACAGAGGGACAAAGGGGACAGAGGGGACGGAGUCCAUGGAGGACAGGCAGGAGAGCGCCCACUGUGGACAGAAACCAGAACCCCCUUCUCAAAGCAGCAAGCCCAGCCUGGCCAGCAUUAGACAGAGACACCUGCAGGGAAGCUCCGGUACUGCAACAUAAAUAACAAGGUGUAUUUGGCUCUGUGUACUGCAUGUGCUAGAACUUGGAUGUGGAGUUGUUAUAGAAUUACAAUUUAACUUUUGUUUCACACUCUUUUACUUUGUAGAGAAAUCAACAGAUGAUAUAGGAUGGAUAGAGGGAGACAGGGUGGAAGAGGAGAAGAAUGAAAAGAGACGUGAGGGUGUACAGAAAGACAGAGGGGCAGAGGGGCAGCGUCCCCCCAUUCCUGAAAAGGUAGGUGUGUGUGUGUGUGUGUGUGUGUAUGUCUGUCUGUCUGUCUGUCUGUCUGUCUGUCUGUCUGUCUGUCCUUCCUUCCUUCCUUCCUUCCUUCCUUCCUUCCUUCCUUCCUUCCUUCCUUCCUUCUUGUAUCGUUGUUUGUGAGUCUGUCUGUCUCAAUUACUCUUAACAAUACAUACAAUCUCUCUCCACAGCCCGGUAAAGAUAAGACCUCUCCAAAGACACUGCAUGCUGUCACUCCGCCUGAGGAAACCACCAAUGAGAAGAAAACCAUGCCUCCUGUUCCACCUGCCUCUGCCAAGCCCUCUUUUGAUUUGUCUAAUGCUCCUGUCAGUCAAGAUGAAGGGACUAAUGAGAAGAAAAGUAUUCCUCCUGUGCCACCUGCUUCUACCAAGCCUGUGUUUGAAUCUCCUGAUCGUGCUGAUUGUCAAGGUACCACUAUGAUGUAAUAUCACUGAAGAUGGUUUUAUUAAGAAAUUAUGAUUCAUUGUUGUGAUAAUUGAUAACGCUCUGGAAAAGAGCGUCUGCUAAAUGACUAAAAUGUUAAUAUAAAUGUAAUCCAAUUUGUAAGUCGCUCUGGAUAAGAGCGUCUGCUAAAUGACGUAAAUGUAAAUGUAAAUGUAAUGGGGACCAUGUGAAUGCAGUCCCAAAAAUAAUCAAUGGCUAUGAAUAUUGUAGUAUUGUUGUUGAUGAUGAUGAUGAUGAUGAUGGUGGCUGGUUGAAAUGUUGACUAUUUAAUCAGAUGAGGAGGGAGGAAGAAAUGGUUAUCCGCUGAAGCUGCAUCGCAAUAGGAAGGCAGACACAAUUGACAUGGGUAUGUGUGAGCGUGAGCGUGUGUGGGUUCACUGCAUGUGUGAAUGUGUGCUGUACAUACAGUGCCUUUGGAAAGUAUUCAGACCCCUUGACUUUUUCCACAUUUUGAUACGUUACGGCCUUAUUCUAAAAUGGAUCAAAUUGUUUUUUUCCCCUCAUCAAUCUACACACAAUACCCCAUAAUGACAAAGCAAAAACAGAUUUGUAUACAUUUUUGCUAAUUUAUCAAAAAUUAAAAACUGAAAUAUCACAUUCACAUAAGUCAGACCCUUUACUCAGUACUUUGUUGAAGCACCUUUGGCAGCGAUUACAGCAUCGAGUCUUCUUGGGUAUGACGCUACAAGCUUGGCACACCUGUAUUUGGCGAGUUUCUCCCAUUCUUCUCUGCAGAUCCUCUCAAGCUCUGUCAGGUUAGAUAGGGAGCGUUGCUGCACAUCUAUUUUCAGGUCUCUCCAGAGAUGUUCGAUCGGGUUCAAGUCCGAUCUCUGGCUGGGCCACUCAAGGACAUUCAAAGACUUGUCCCAAAGCCACUCCUGCGUUGUCUUGGCUGUGUGCUUAGGGUCGUUGUCCUGUUGAAAGGUGAACCUUCACCCCAGUCUGAGGUCCUGAGCGCUCUGGAGCAGGUUUUCAUCAAGGAUCUCUCUGUACUUUGCUCCGUUCAUCUUUCCCUUGAUCCUGACUAGUCUCCCAGUCCCUGCCGCUGAAUAACAUCCCCACAGCAUGAUGCUGCCACCACCAUGCUUCACCAUAGGGAUGGUAUUGGCCAGGUGCUGAGCGGUGCCUGGUUUCCUCCAGACAUGAUGCUUGGCAUUCAGGCCAAAGAGUUCAAUCUUGGUUUCAUCAGACCAGAGAAUCUUGUUUCUCAUGGUAUGAGAGUUUUACGGACGUCCUUCGACCUCAUGGCUUGGUUUUUGCUCUGACAUGCACUGUCAACUGUGGGACCUUAUAUAGACAUGUGUGUGCCUUUCCAAAUCAUGUCCAAUCAAUUGAAUUUACCACAGGUGGACUCUAAUCAAGUUGUAGAAACAUCUCAAGGAUGAUCAAUGGAAACAGGAUGCGCCUGAGCUCAAUUUCGAGUCUCAUAGCAAAGGGUCUGAAUACUUAUGUAAAUAAGUUAUUUCUGUUUUCUAUUUUUAAUACAUUUGGUAAAAUUUAUAAAAAACUUUUUUUGCUUUGUCAUUAUGGGGUAUUGUGUGUAUAUUGCUGUUUUUUAAAGUUUUUUUAAUCCAUUUUAGAAUAAGGCUGUAACGUAACAGAAUUUGGAGAAAGUCAAGUGGUCUGAAUACUUUCCAAAGGCACUGUACAUGUUUGUCUCUACAGAUCCCUGCAUGCAUGUGCCUUGUUUUACACUAUCUUUUGAAUUCCGAUUUGUGAUUUGAUGCAUUUAUUUGCUUGCUAUUUCAGCCAUUGAAUGCUGACUCAUUGUGUCUGUUAGGUACUCUGUCCAUUCCUCUGUCCGUCACACUGCCAUGGACUUUCCAAUAGAGCUCUGCUUAUCAUGACUCUUACAUUACUGCAACUAGCCCCUGUCACCAGUCACUGUCUGUGUGGCCCUGUGUGUAUGUCUCAUAUCAUUUCCCUUCAGGCAUGGAACGGGACAGCCCCAACGAUCUGAAGACAGGGUCCUCAGAUCGCAAACCCCCUGUGAAAAAACCCAGACUCCCCCAGAACAGAAACAGAUCUCUGGACUACCCCAGGACUGUCUGUAUGUAUCUGCUUCUCUGGACCCCUCUCUGUGUCAUACUGUAUGAGUAUGUGAAAGCAUGUGAAUGUUCAUAAGCUACUAUACUGUAAGUACAGAAAGUGUGUAUGUGUGUAUGUGUUCAAAGUCCAUUUCAGGACUCAGUGGUGAAAGAGAGAAUUGACAUGGCAUUGACAGUCUACCCAAUGUGUCACAUGGUCAGAAAAAACACUGGACUGUGCUGGGCCAUUAAAAUCCAGUUGACUGUGUCCUAGGCAUUGUUUGGGAAGAUGAGUGAGAGUGACGUUUCUAAUACUUAAUGGCAGACAAGAUGAGGCCAAACAAGGACUCUGACAUUCAAAUCUGUCUCUGUCUAGGUCCUGAGAGUCCAGAGCCCGCCAACGACAACGGUAAGACGUCGUCA